AGAAAUUUGUAGCUCCUCGCGCAGGUUGAGCGGAUCCUCACUCUUCACAGCGAGUUAUCGGAGGUAAAAGGGGAACGUUUGAGGAUACUUGACAGCUUUCAGAGACUGCUAUGACAUCUCGCAGGUAGAGUCGACUUUGUUUUGGUUGUUUUGUUUCGUUUUUUUCAAGCUGCCACUAACCCUACCACGAUAAUUAACCGUUUCUUUGCGCUGCACGAGCGCUCACAGAUAGUCAACUGGCGAGAUUGAAACUGAGGCUGCCGGAGAGAGAGCAGAGCAACCUCAACUUUUACUCACUGCCACAGACUCUUAAGCCUCAUUUUACGAAUUUAUAAAGAGAUAUCACAUUUUCCAAGCGUGUGUUUCGUGAAUUAUGAAGUGACAAGUUUGUAACUGUUUUUACAGUGACAAAAAGUGACGACGUUUAAAAAUUUGGUACCGUUACAUUCGAUUAACCUGUCAGCAGUUGAAUCAAAAUUCAGUCUUAAAGUGGCUAAGAUUUUAUAUUUUGCAAUUAUAUUAAGUUUUUGUGGGCUAAUCAUGACAGGAGCGUAGCAAAGUCGGAGUUUACGUUAAAUAAAAAGGCUGUAUGUAAUAUCUCACAACUUUUUUCCUGAAACAACUGUGUCUGUAAGCUUUUCCAGUGUCUGCCCCCACUUUUUCAUUUGAUUUCAGCCUCCUGAGAAUCCUAAUUCAACACAUCAAGUGUUGUUUUAUUUUAAAAAUAAAUAAAUAAAAAGUCAGAGAUAUAAAUCAAGGCACUAAAACUAGAGCAACAUCAGUGUCAGAUUCCAAUGAUAUACCCGAAACCUCGUGAACAAUACUUAACUUUAUUUGUUUGUAUACAUAUAGCACAGCCCAAAGUGCUACAUAACAGGAAAGAGCAAUAUCAGCAAAUAUAAGUGAAAAAACAAAACAACAACAAAAAAAAAAGUUAAAUAAAACAAAAAACAACUUAAAAAAGUGAUAAAUCUUUUGUAAAAUCUGUCAAAAAAUUGGCCAAAAUCACAGAGACACACUGACUUAAAAGCCAGAUCAAAAAGGUGGUCUUAAGUUUCCUUUUACAAACACAGUGAGAGGUUGCAGUUUUAGUUUCCAAAGAUGGGGAGUUCCAGAGUUUAGGCGCAUAAAAACAGAAAGAAACUCAUACAAGUGUGCAUUUGAUAAGUAAAUGAAGCUUUGAACAACAACAUGCUCUAGAAUAUACAAUAUGAAUUUCUUGAUUUAUAGAAAUACCACUAUCAACUUUGACCACCCAUUUAUAUAGUAAAGAUCUGCACCUUUUUAAAAACUCUGACGUAAAGGCCUGAUGUACUGACAUCUCAGCUUAAUGUGAUGUUACUGUUGUACAGUAUGUCCGCUCCCUAUACCAGUGACUGUCCUCUUUCUAUGUGUUAUUAACCACAUGUACAUCUGUGGAAUAGUAAUCAUUGUUAGAUCUUUCUGAAACAUUGACCGGCUUAGUGUGUGAGGAAUUAAAGGCAAAAGCAGGCUGUGCCAAACAACAAUGAAUAUGUGUGCACAGUUACUAGUUUGAAUGCUGUAAGAAUUAGUUUCCAAUUCCUCUCUCCAGACCACAGUUGACAAACCUUUAACCUUUUUAUAGUUAUUCAAAUAUUUCACACUUUUUCUAUCCUGCAUAAUAACUUGCAGGCUGUAUAAGUGUAAAGUUAUUUUGUUUUGUUUGAGAUUUCUGUGCAAGGUGACCGCUGAAAAGUGUGCUCCUGCAAUUAACUUGUCGCUUGUCCAUUAUGAUUGUUUUGGACAUAAGAAAAUGCAAGGUAGGCAAACAGAGUUUACAGUCACAACAAGUUUCCUACUAGUGUGAGGGUGGAAAAUAUUGCAAUUGUGUUGUAGUGCUUUGUUCAUCUUCUUGCUGCAGUGCUCCCUUGUAGUAGUAUGAAUUGCAUUGGUUAUGUAAUGAUGUCGGUGUAAUUAUGCUAGUUUUAAGAUUUAAGCAUCAUUUUUUUCACCGAACACAAAUGUAUUUACUCCCAAAGCACAGAGUUUUAAAUUCAGGCCAUACUAAUCAGAAAAGUGGUAUUUUUACACCAUUUAAAUUUCUUUAUAUGGCUCAAACCUCAACACGCAGAGUUAUAAAAGACUAAACCUGCAAGCUGACUCUUGCAUUUAAGCAAAAUAAACUUUUCCAGCUCAGCCAAAAUCAAGCACGUUUGUGCUUAGCUGUUUCUUGGGGUGGCCUAAUGCAUGGAUAUGAACAAAUUUCAUACACAAGUUUAUAAAAAGUGGUAUUGUUUGGGGCUCAGCUUUACAUAAACUCCCCUGUCAAAUCUAAAUUCUUGUGAACUUUCUGCAGUAGCUGCUUAAUAAUAAUUCACAUUUGCAUGUUUCAUUAACUAAUCUGUGUAUGUAUUGGUAGGUCAUUCCUGCAUGUUAGGCAGUGGCACAUUGACAGUCAGAGCUUAUGGGAAUUUUGUAUGAAACUUUAAAAUACUUAAACGUUCAAACAAUCUGCAUUAGAUUGUUGGAUUAAAUGGAACUUUAGGGGAACUAAAGUGUCUUCCUCUGUAUCUCUUGACUGAAAUGUCAAAUGGCUGGUGGGUAAUAAAUAUGUCCAAAACUGACAAGUGAUGGUGAAGGGACAGAACUUUAAAUCCUGACUAGCUGAGUAGUUUCAAAAUAAACAAAGACUCAGAAAACAGUUACAGUCGAGCAUAAUUUCAUUAACACAGCCAAACACUGGAUGACAGAGUCUGCAGCCAAACCAUGUCAAAUUCAUUUGCAGAGAGUGGCCAACAAUAGCAGAGCUCAUACCACCAGCCUUCAGUUUUCCUUGCAGGCCAACGUUCACAUGCCUGUGCUGGUUUGGUUAUACACCAAUCCUGUCGGGCUUACCAGACGUGGACUGCAAACAACUUUAUGUCCAUUAUCAAGAUCAAAAUACUGACAGACUGCUCUUCUUUGUUUACUAGAGGCUAUCUGUCAUCUGGUUUGUUUACAUCCAGUCUACUCUCACUUAACAGUUAAAUCCCUAUGCUUUUGCUUUAUACAUAUGAUCCAGUGAUGCAUGAGUAACACAAUACUUGAUUGACUGUACAUAACUCUCUGAAACUCUCUUAAGUAGUUAUUGUUGGCCUUACGGUUAAAUUUAAUGCCUCACGUAGGCUAUAGUCCUCCUCAGUGUGGUUGCUGGUUCAUCACCUAGCUCUAAAGGUCCUUACACAUCGGGGCUGACGUGAAUAUAGAACGCAAAAUUACGAAAUAUUUGGAGGAGAAUUUUGACACACCUGAUACACAUUAAGCCUGAUGCGAUUUUGCGACUUUCCGGGGGGAAAAAGACGCAUCCCGAGGACGACUUUUCCUGGGGAAAGUCCCACCUCCUUCGCCUCUGAUUGGCUAGAAAAGCUGGAAACGUCAUCACACGCUCAAGCCAGUCAGAACUUAUAGCCAGUAGGAGGCGAUAAGACAAGUACAUGGAACUAUGGCAACAACCGUUAGCUUACGUUAGAACAGAUGAACGUUAAAACAAAGAUGUUUAGCAAACUGUUAAAGCACACAAAACAUCAUCAUGUCAGAAAUCCGAUGCUAUGACUCUCCAGAAGUUGUCCUUCAGGUCGUUAUCUUUGUGAUGUUUGUGUAAACGAUCAUAAAUAAUCAGCCGGUCAGCCAUGUUGGAUAUACCGGUGAAUCUGACGUCGCAACAACACAGUAAAUAAAUCAUUGUCUUUCUUGGUGCUUUUUCUGUAGAGUGUUGGGGGCUGUGAGCUGAGCUGCUGUGAACCUUUGCUCACUGGAUGAUUCAGAAUUGUCGAAUUAUAUGGGCAUAAACAAUGGGACUGAAGCACUAGUCAGCUGGCAGGACUUUGAAUCUGAGCUGUUUGCUGGCAUUCAUGGAAAACCACAGUAUAAUAACUUUUUACAGGAAAACAAGAUUUGUGUGAGCUGAUUUGUCAGUUGUAUUUUGGGAUUACUAAAAGAGGAGGGAAAAACAGUCAGUGCCAAAUUAGCUUGAAUGUCUAGUUCUGAGUUUAUCAGUGGGGUUUUAUUUGAAGAAAGUUUAUCUCAUCUGACAAAUAUUCAUUACAUAUUUUUUCUCAGACACUAAUAAUAAAUACUUCUGAGUUGACAGAGGGCCAAAUGUUCAACAUGCUCAGGGGCCAAAGCCACCAGCAGACUCAGAGAAAAGUAAAGUACUGAGACAGUAAAAUGCUGUUUUCAUGUCUGCCAGUUUCCAUGGCAGUUCGUGGGCCGAAACAGGCACAACUGUUGCGCUGUGGCUCGUUCUGUACUUCCUGAGCUGAAACACCACAGGGGAACAAUGUUGCAGUGCAUGCGUGCCAUCGUGAUGUGACAGACCUGCUCUCAUGUUGAUAGUAUCACUUCGACUCCCUGUUUCAGGAAGGAUUUAACUUCAUCAUACUAUUGGGGAGGGCAGUUGGAGUUUCCACAGGUUUUACCCUUAUUGUUCUUACUGUUAAUGUUGGUGGCAGUUAAGCUAUAAAGGAACCACACUUACAGUCCCUCAUUGUUUGUGCCACCAACAAUGAUGCAGAACCCCUUCUCAUGGCUGUUCUGCUUUUAUUUCCCCAAUUGAUACUAUGUAGUGUUGUAAACUUUCCACUAUUAGAAACCACCUCUGCCGCCCCCCCUUUUGUUUAAAGAGGAGAUCUCAUCUGUCACUGGAGCUCAUUGGACCAGCUGAGAACAGUGAGUCAGUUUUGUCGAUAAGCCGACAGGAAAACAACAGCCCAUGUGGAGGAAUAAGAUAGCACUGCCAACGUUUCCAGGAGUGCUCUCAACCAAAUGUUAGGGUUUUUUUUCCAGAUAAAUGGUUUGCAUUCUUUCAUUUUAUUUUCUCUCAAAACAUGCGGAAGAAGACAAAAGCCCAGACAAAAGCCCCACACGUGUGAGCUGCAAUGUUCGGACUUGUCAGGUGAAUUAUUUGAAGGUCAAGUCCUCAUAAAAGUAGAAGAGACCCUCUUUUUUAGGUGUAUAUUUUGUUAAAAAAAUACACUAAAAUUGACAUAGUCCUGUAAAUCCAAGCUCAUCCAUGAUAAGGUUUUUUUCUGCCAUACAUACCUGUGGGAGCUCUUUAGAUGACCAACUUUGGAUACGAGUCUACCUCAUCUCAUUUCACUAAAAGCACUUCUGUCACUAUCUUUAAAACAGCAUCCUGGUAAAGAGUAACAACUUAUUAGACCACCUAACUAAAAAUGACCGUAACAGCUCUAUCUAGAUGUGUCAUGGUCUGUCUAGGCAAUGGGCAAAAGUUUUGAAGAUGUUUUGCUUGUAAAUAAUACUUAGGUAUUAAAAGCACGUCCACAUUAUGGGGUUGCUUUUUUUUUUUUCUCAGUGCCCCAUAUGAGUAAGAUUGCUAAACUUCAAAUAAAAGAGGUCAUGUGGUUUUGUAGUUUUAUCUAGUGCUUGGUGAUAAACCGAAAGAUAACCAAUACUGAAAUGCAGACAAUAAUCAAAGUCAUUUUGCCCAUAUCGGUAUAUUUAGUGUCCAAACAAUAAGUAAAUAAAAGUUGGUUUUGGAUGUGUAGGUAGGCUAUGGUCUCAUGUCCCUUUAAGACGCUGUCCUACGUCAGAGACGUGACUCCACCCCAUCCAGUCCGUAACAAAGAGGGAAAGACAGGUGAGAAGAUGGAGGAUGGUUCAAAAGUUGUAGCAGCUGGAGCAGUGGCUGAAGUAGACAAAGUUAAUGUGGGAGGGGGUGAGCAGCUUGUGGGGUAGUUAUGUCCAUUUAUUGUUAUCGAGGUGAACUGAUCAAUACAUUGUGAUGUUGAUUUGAGGCCAUAUUGUCUAGCCCUAGUUUUAUCCAGUAUGUAUAUCUUAAACUGGAAAACACUACAACUCAGGUGAUCUUAGUUUCACAAAUAAUUUGGGGCUAAAUUUCUGACUUCAAUAAAACCAUAAUGAUAUAAUUUGUCCAGUAACUAGUAUAGUACAGUAACCUAACACAAUAGGAAGGCUAAGGCUGUGAAAAACACAAAUAACAGUGCAAAAAAAAGGGUGUUAUGGAGUGAAAUGAUGAAGACUCAUGAGAAAUUAAUCUUCAUCUCACGUUCUCACGAUUUGGGUUUUGAAAUUGUUGAUCAGAGGCUGUUUUUUUUUUUUUCCCAACUUCAGAAAGUUUGUCAGCCAUGUUGUCAGAGGAAAAGAGCUCAGAUGUGUCUGUGAAACAGCACAGUGGUUAUUUAUUAACCAAUAAUGGACAGAGCCACUGUUGCUCUGCUUUUGACCAGUACUGUUUGUUUACUCCUGCUCAGACAAAAACCCUAAACUAUGUGAUACUAGUUGUUUUUGGAAGUUAAAAAUCACUAUCUGACUACCUUCAAAUCUGUAAAUCAUUUAUCCUACCACUGGUGACAUUUUUGUUUAACAGCUGCAGCUUGUGUGCACAUGCACAGUGCAUGCUUGAGUUGGUCAUUAAGCUCAUUUUGCUAAGCUGACUGUUGCUACAGAGAAGAGAAGCAUCCAGAGACAUUGGGUGUGUGAGUUUUGCACCUCAUGUAAAUACCCAGGAUCAUUGGCAGACCUAAAAAUAUCUGCGACAUUACCAAAACCCACACCCCAGGCUUGUCUGUGACCAAUAUAGCCCCCCGCAGAGGCUUUCAUGCUGCGCUGUGGCUACUAAGAAUAUCACCUUUUUGUCAGAGGGCCUAGACAGGCCUGCUUUAAAUAGCCGACCAGGGCUGUAUUGAACUUGAGACAUUAUGUAAGAGGAUAGAGUGGUGGCUGGAUGCACAGUGGGUCUGUUCCCCCUCAACCAGCUCCAGGCCUAACCUGCAGCUCCCUUCAGCUCCCUGCUGACCCUCUCUCUCUCUCUUUCAGUUGACACAAUUAAUUCUCUUCUUCCCUGACAACGUUUCCUCAGACAAAACCUGGUUAUUUGAAAUCUCCUUGUCUUGUCUCUUUCUGUCCUACUGCCCAAGGCCGGAUGCAGGGAAAUGGGGCGCCUGGUGGUUGUCAAAGGGAAUCCUAUUCUUGGAAAGCCCUGAGUCACUCCUGCUCCUGCAGUCAUGAUCUGAGGGGAAGAGGGGGGGAGUGGGUACAGACAUGGUUGAAAAUGAAGCACAUUCUGUUCAGUCAGACUUACGAUUAAUAUUGACACAAAUCUGUCAGAACUGCAAAGAGAUACCUCGAGUUAAAUGGACGUUAGGCAGCUGAUGAGAGCAUGUUGUUUUUGUUGUAUUUGUUGACAUUCUCCCUCAUAUGGCAACAGCGAUCUAUAAUCCAAAGCUCUGAGUCACAACAGAAAAAAAAAACUGUUCGGUAUCUUUGUGUUUCACUGGCCCAGAAGAAGAAAUGAUUGGACAGCUUACCAGCCUGCCCACCGACCUGCCUACCUGUGUGUAGUGUGUGAGAAAAACCUGUGAUUUGUAAUAACUGUUAUUUUUAUAAGAUAUGUAAGAGUAUGGAUCAGGGAUAUGAUUGUUCUUACAGAUUUUGCAAUAUAAAAUAUCAACUCUUGAGACCCAAGUAGGUAGUUGAUACUAGUUUAUUUUUGCUUUCAGCUCCUCUGGCCUAUUUUAAAAGGACAGCAGUGCCAUAUUAACUGUUUGUGAUGAUUUUCUGCGCUGCUGCAACGACUCCACAUUCAUGUAACUUUGAGAGUUAAGACUUUGUUCGCCGGUAGAUACAUGUGUUUUGAAACAGUGACGGUGUGAGGACAGAUUUUGGCCUGCUUCAGUUAGCUGUCACUGAAGCUCGCACUUUUUUUUUCUUAUGAAUGAUCCUUAAUGAUCAGGGUUUAUACAUUGGCCAAUGCAGAGUCCAUAUUAACUUCUUGAUGUCAAAGGGUGCCAGAUGAAAAAACAAUGUAAAAUACAAUGUAAUUACAAAAUAGGAGCAAAGUGUAGACAAACAUUUGAAAAUGAUGCAGAGAACUCAUAAAUUGGUGCAGGAAAUAAUUCUUUGAUGUUUCUUUAUAAGGGAGGAUGCUGACUUAGUUUUUGUUCCAUGUGCUGUGUUUCUACAAAGGUCAGCUGAAACCAGAUCGACAUUAUUAGACAGAGAGGGCUUUGGAUGUAGAUAUUACUACUCUUAAGGUCCUUACACACCGAAUAUAGAACACGAAAUUACGAAAUAUUCGGAGAUUUUUGACGCACCUGACUAUAAGUUAAGAAAGUUAAAACAAAGACGUUUAGCAAACUGUUAAAGCACACAAACCACAAGUUGUCCUUCAGGUCAUUAUCUCUGUAAUGUUUGUGUCUGUUAUCAAAAAGCACUCUGUUCUCUGACACAUAAACAAUCAGCCGGUCGGACAUGUUGAAUAUACCAGUGAAUCUGACGUUGCAACAACACGAAAUCUGAUCGGUCAGAAGUGGACACACAGAAUGCAAAACUUUAGAAAAAUUGACCAUGAUCUGAAAAAAUAAAUGCCGCAACAUCACAUGACAGGAAAAUGUUGCUGAUGUGAACGCUUGUAUUGACAGGAUAUGAGUUCGAAAAAAAAUAUUGACGUCCGAAAUAAUCGCUCGUAAAAAAACGGUCCCUCUGUGAAAGGACCUUUCGACUUAAUCUUUACCUUAACCUUUAUAUAUAGUUUUCAACCGCUUGCAGGUAAUUUUGGCUGUAUGUUUUAAAUGUAUACCUCAAACAGUAUCUCAAAGGCUGCCUCUGAAAAAAAUGUGCCAGUUUCUCUAAAUUUGCUCACUCCAGGACCGAAUUACAUGCUGGAUAUAAUAUUUGAGAUGCUUAGAAUAACACCAGAGUUGACUGUUGCAAUAACAAAUCUCUGUGGUUUUGGAACUGUGGAUUUGUGUACUUUUGCAAUCUUUCAGCAGAUUACUUAGUGUUUGAAAAACGGGUGAUUAGCACUACCCAAAAUAUGAAGAUAAAUAUUUAGGAUAAUUGGAUUUUGUUAAAUGUUUCUUUUGUACAUUAUUUGCCCACAGACACAUUCAAAUCUCCUUUAUUCAUUUGUUAACUUAAGUGUUGCAUCAAGGUUCAAAAUGACAUUAGGAAGUACAUUAGGGAUUUUUGAAAUGGCCUUUCAAAACCUUGGAAUGUUCAUAUCUAAGCCAUGUUAAAAUGACCAUUAAGUAUAAUACAUGUAAGUAAAUUAAGAGUUUCUGGUUGUGAGGCAGAGUUGUAACUAUUUAAAAAAGAGAGUAGCAGUUUGAAAAGGAUUUCUUUGUUAGUGGACUUCUGCAUGCUCUGUGGGUUAAUUUCACAAUUAAAAAUGAAUUUUGAAAGGGCGCCUUCCAGCCAUAUGUGGCCAAUCAACAUGUGAACACUGGAUAAAAUGUGUGUAUUUUACUUUGAAAAUACAUCAACUGCUCUGGUUGUUAACAGUAUUUUAGUGCAGCUGGUGAAUAUGACUUUAGAACAGUUCUCUUUAUCUCGCUGGUUCCUAAUAACCAAGUCUGUUUCCACAAGCUCUUUAUGACUGGUGGCCUUGUAGUAAAUCAUUAAUCACAGCAACUCACUCAAUGAGAAAGGGCAACUACAUUUUGUACUGUGCUUAGACACAAACAGCCCGAUGACAACGUAAUAGUUCACUGAAGUAAAAGGUUCUGUGGAAAACCUAGCAAGAUUUCUGCAGGGAGGAUUACAUAAGUGGCAUUUCAAAGACUGAGUCUCAUAAUUAAGAAUAAAUGUCUCAUUUGAUCAGCUUUUUAUGUAAAGGACAAUACUGGAGUCACAAACCAAAUCAGACUGUAGGUCUUCUCUGUGGAGACAUUGCAUUCAACUGUGCACAGAACUAGUCCUAUAUGUCAGUAGUUUUGUUAAUGUAAGUUGACUUGAAUCCCUCAGUGGAAAACACAAACAAACAAAACAAAUAGAAAAAAGUCACUGUGUCUGGUCUACUCUAUGAUUUCAGUGUUGAGCAGUAGGCUGCUUUGCUUCAGGAGUGUUGUUUGAUCCAUUUGUUGAUUUUCAACUUCCCUUUUUAUUUUAAUAAAGGACAAAAGCAGAAAAUGAGAAGUUGACUCUGUUCUCUGGUUGUAUCUGCAUCGACGUUUACUCCCAGUGAUAAACAUGUUCGUACUGCAGCUAAAGCUUGGACUAAACCUGUGUGACAAAUCAGUAACUCUGGGGACAAGGAGAGUGACCAUGUUUGAUUGUUUAUUUGACUAAACCAGCACACAUUCUCACCAGUAAGAUGGUCUGUCUGUCAUGAGAUUGGGUGCAAAUAUUCAUGGUCUUCAGAGGAUGCACCAAAUGCCUUUAUUGACUUGUGAGUUCCUACCGCACCAGUGUUAAAUUAAAGUGUCAUUUCAGCUACAUCAUCUGGUCAAAAGUAGAUUUUUUGUCAGUAUAACAGCGUCAUUGUAAAGGCUGUAGUUUCUCAUUGUUAAGGUCCUUACACACCGGGGCCAACACAAUACAGAAUGCGAAAUUGCAAAAUAUUGUAAUAUAUAAAUAAUAAGCCCAAUGCGAUUUUGCGACUUUCUGGGGGGAAAAAGACGCAUCCCGGGUGGAAGCGAGAAGACUGACACAACAGCAGACUGACUGUUUUUUAGUUCUGAUUAGACACUAGUGUUGAGAUGGCUGUCUGUCAUGAUAGCAUGUACUGAGUCGGGGCCAGUACCAGAUAAACACAUGAAACUAUAAUCCAUAAACGUAAGGUAUCAACCGAGAUCUAAUGGCGCUGUGACAGCAAUGUGAUUGAGUUUGAAACAGUGAAAAUACAUAUGGUAUGUUGUAUCUGAACAGGUUAGCUUACAAGCUAAAGUUACUUAGCACAGAUAAAAGUUAAAACAAAAACGUUUAGCAAACUGUUAAAGCACACAAACCAUCGUCAUAUGAGAAAUCCGACGCUAUGACUCUCCACAAGUUGUCCUUCAGGUUGAUAUCUUUGUAAUAUGUGUGUGUCUUUUUUCAAAAAGCACUCUGUUCUCCGACACAUAAACAAUCAGCCGGUCGGCCAUGUUGGAUAUACCGGUGAGUCAGACGUCACAACAACACACAAUCUGAUUGGUCAGAAGUGGAUACACAGUAAGCGAAACUUUAGAAAAAUCGACCAUUAUCUGAAAAAAUAAAUGCAGCAAUAUCACAGGACAGGAAAACAUUGCUGAUGUGAACGCUUGUAUUGACAGGAUACGGGUUCGAAAAAAGUACUGACGUCUGAAAUAAUCGCACGAAAUAAACGGUCCCGUUGUGAAAGGACCUUUAUUCUUCAGGUGUGUAUGGCCAAACAGUGUGUACAAAGUAUCUGUCAUCUUGUGAUAUCCUGUAAAAAAAUCCUGUUCAAUCUUUUUGGUCUUUACUGGCAGCACUUGAAUGAUGUAAAAAGUGUUCCAAAUCGAGCUGUGCCUGUACCCUGUAAGAGCUGUUGAAUUUCGAGGUCAUUGUCAGGCCAUUAAAAGUUACUCUGCUGUCAGACUUUUGUUCCCUGCAUUUAUUUUCCAGCUCAUCUGCAAAGCUCUGUAACCUAGCACUGGAUAAUUAAUAGCUCUAAUGGCAUACAGCUGAAUUGGCUGGAUCUGGGGGUUUAGCCUCGUGAAGGCUAACUAUGAUCCAGUGUAACUACGCCAUGCACGAUUAGGUGUAAUCUCCAGGCACAAGCAACACAGCUGUUGCAUUUAGCCUCCGACCAGAUAGCAGGGACCUUGUCGCUCUUGGAGAUUCUGGCACCCUGAUGCAGCCCUGGCCUGGCCUGGUCUGUGUUACAGCCAGAGAAAGCUCUGUUAGCUUUAGGAUCACAGAGAGGGCUUUGGAGUUGGGCCAUCUGAUAGCUGUUGUCCUCUUUGGGUACGAGAAGGGGGGAGAACGAGGUUGAGGUGGCGGGGAGGAGCGCAGAGGGUGGCUGGGCCAGUCUGUCAGAGCCUGUCACAUUCAUCUGAGGUGGGAAAGGCGGGUCGACUGAUAGCACUGACGGGCACUGGUAUCAGGCCUGCUCACGCUCAUCCAAAUCCAAGAUUAAAAGGCCCCCGCCUCCUCGCUCGCUCACUCACUCACUCGCUCUCCCUCCUGCUCUCUCUCUCUCUCCUUAACACUCUUACAAAGCACCCCCCGUCGUUUCUCUCACUGUCUCGGUCUUACUCUAUCUAACCCAGUAACACUUUUACAAGCAAUCCCCCCCUCUCUCUCCCUUUCGUCUCUAUAUCUCCCUCACUCCCUCCCGCCCUCUCUUGUGUAACUGUGCCCAGUGCUGGAUUACUAAGCUCUGAGGCUGCUGAAGCAAGGGGCUGUGGCAGGCUUCGACCAGAAUGGUGAGGUAGGGCAGAAAUGUUAACAUUCAAACUUUGGCGUCUUUUCUGCUUUUCCACAAACCCUCACACUUUAUAACUCAUCCUCCUCUUUCUGUAAAUAUUCCCUUUUUAUUCUGUCUUAUUUUGCUUAAUCUUAUAUGCAGAGCAGGGCUGAGGAUAACAAGUGAACUCCUGAGUGAGGACAUGUGGAGUGUGUGUGUAUACAGUAAUCUCUCAAGUGCAUUAAUAUUUGUGUGUGCGUGUGGCUGUUCAAGGAUGCUUGGUUACUAAAGGGUUAGGACUGCACUGUGGUUGGUAAGACGGGUAAAAUUAAUAGUGUGUGUGGUGUCGAGGGGAAAGUGCCAUUCUGGCUCUAGCUGCCUGUCAACCGCACAGGUAAACCAUUUCGCAGGAGCUGUUGCUACCGCCGUUUUGUGAUUGAAAUGUUAGUCUAGUAUUUCAGCCUGCCAGUCCACUCCCAUUGUUCUGAAAAAUUUCGAGUGGCAGCAGUGCUGUGAUGAGGGAUUAAAUAUGGAUUAGUGACAUAAGGCAUUUUUUGCUCCACUGUUAUUAUUCUGUAUGAAUCUGUAUGGGAUUAAAAGACAGUACAAUGAGUAAUCUGACCAGCGGCUGACACACAUGACCUGUCGUUGGCUCUUCAGUACAGUAACCUAAAUGCGUUGUCAGUUUGAGUUUUUUUAAAGCCUAUGACAAGUGAAAACAAAUCUGUCAAAGACAAAGAACGUAUUUUUUUUUCUUUUACAUAAAAUGGGGUCUGUAGUAAACUGCAGGAAUACCCUGUAAUACCAGAUGUGCAGUUUUAGGCAUUCCCGCGAUUAGACGUGGCCUACUGUCAAUUUUUUUUUUUUUUUUUUGAGGCUUCAGUAAUUUGGACAGCAGAUGCUACAAGUGUAGACUGGAAAUGUUAGCUCAGUACAGCAGGGGUAGAGAUGUAGCACAGAAGAGUCAGACAAGGGUAAAGGGAGUAGACCAGGCACCGCGUGAUGAGGCAGUUGACCCAGGAGACAAUGGCAAAAAAACUGAAGCUGAAGUCAAACUAAGCUCUCGAGGGAUACUCCGCUUUACUUGAAUGCAAAAACAUGAGUAUCAGUGAUUCUCUGAUGUGGUAAGUUCUCAGUUCAUGGCGAUUAAAAGUCUGUUUUUCAUGGAAGACGUUAUUGUAGUCACAUCUUGAAAGAUAAACUCAAGUACGUGGAACUUUUGAAAUUUUUUUUUUACAAAGGUUAAAUGUUUGUAAAAUUUGAAAAUAGAUUUUUAUCCAUUUUGUUAAAUUUCAUAUGAUGACAUUAGUCCAAGCAAAAAGUCUUUCCUUAACUGGCUGCUGGUUCUGUCCAUAGCUUACAAGUUUUAGCAGCUUCUGAUGAAACAACAUUUUUUUUCUGUGACUUUGUUUUUGCAUGAAAAUAUAUUAGUGUAUGAAAACUGACCUCCUGCAUGCAGCAGGGGGAGUUGUUCUUUAAUGUCCUGUUCAGAUUUUUCUUAAAUAAAAUCUGUAAUGGCUGCAGCAGUCACAUUUUGCUGUGGUAAGCCAAGGACUGGAUAAUCUAUGUUUGUUAACUAUGGUAGAGCCGGACAACGUUUGUGGUGUCGAAGGCUAUGAAACUUGUUCUUGUGGCAUUAAAGGCCAGUGAUUUAAAGAUAGUGUUGUUCACAAAAUCAUGUCUCAGUUAUAUAACAUUAAAAUCUUGACAAAAUGCCAUCAAAUACAAAGAAAUAAUAAUUUAGACACUCUGGGAUCUUAUCUUAUCCUGUCUUUGUUUAAAAGACAAACAAACCAGGACACUCACACCCACUCAUAGUUUCUGUUGAUGAAAAUGAGGAUUGAAAUCUUGAGUAAUUUUGAAUCAACGUGUUUUGUCGCUAUAUAUUUUGAAUAUAUAUAUAUUUUUUUUACACAGCAGAACCCACUGUUCAUUAUGUGGGUUGUUUAAAACAUUUUAAAAUAAAUAAAUAAAUACAUUUAAAAAAAGAUACAAAUGGUUAUUUCUGACACAUGUCUGUUGAAAUGUCCCUAAUGGUCAAAUAACAAAUAUUAUCAAAGUAAUGUUUAUGUUUUCUAAAAUGUACAAAAACUUAAAACACUAUGUUGAUACCAGUAUUAAUGAUACCAGGUUAGGACCUGGUAUUUUUAAGGUUAUAAGGGUUCAAGGUUAAAUGUAUAUUUAGAUUGCUGUAGUACAUAGUUAUGAAAGCCUGUUCAAGUUACUUCAAGUUUUUCAGAGGGUAAAAUUAAAAAAAGUUAAAUGCAGUUUAUUUACCAUAAGAUCUAAAAACCAGCAGAACAAACAUCAAAAGAUAAAGAUAAAAAAAGCUAAGUAAUUACCAUGAACUAUGUAUGCAUGCUAUACUUGUAAAUAGUGCUGGGCGAUAAAACGAUAAUAUAUUGAAAUUUAAUUAUCCUCAUUAUCGUCAUAAAACAUGUUCGAUAUGCUUUUUCGAUAGUCGGCAUUAAAAAGGAGAGAAGGGCGUUCUCCAGGAUUUAGCUGGGUUUAGAGUGGUAAGGUGUAUGCUGUGUGUCCCCGUUAAAAGACACAGAUACAGAUGUCCAGUUUAGUGGUGGAUUUAUUUGACUGUGGUUCUGCAGAUGAAGGUACAAAACAACAAUCAGCACAGCUCACACCAUACAUUACAUGAACAUUGAGUAGCAUGAGAUAGCAUUAGCCAUAUUCACAGUAAAAAAAAAUACCUUAAUACAAUAUCCAACUUAGACAGUGAAACAUCAUAAAACUCACUUCUGGCAUUUACACACAAUAAACCCAACAUGUGAGGGUGAAUAUUGGGUAAAACAGAUAAGAGGAAAUUUACAAACUAUCCUCUGCUGCAUGAAGAGGAAAACGAAACUUUCGCAGCUGCAGCAUCUCUCACACAGGUGCUGUGCGUUCGAGCGUAGGACAAAUGAAAACUCACAGUAAAACACAAUAUAACUGAACAGUAUUGCAAAUGCAAAAGGUUACAAACCCCUGAGGGGAGUUAGGAGCCCUGUGCAGCCAAAACAGCAGACCAUUCAGUCCUCUUUCUCUAUGCAACGCCUUACGACAAAACGUCAGAGACACAAAGACCUCACGGAUGCAGUAGCUUAUUGUACUGCAAAAGACACGCUACAAAUAGCACUGUUUUCAUUUUUUUAGAUCGUUUUAUAUUGACUGAUAUGUAAAAAAUAUGUAUAAACUUUUUCCCAUAUUCCCAGCCCUACCUGUAAAAGUAAAAAAAUAUUGAUUGCAUGUAUCAAAAUUUUUCAUUCAAAUGUACUUGUUUUUGAAUUUCAUAUCCAAGGUAAUUGAUCAAUGAAUGAAGUCCCUUUUAAAGAUCCAAAGCUUUUUUUUUUUUAGGGUUCCUGCUAAACCUACUUUGAUAGAAAACACACUCAUAAGUCAAGGAGGGUAAUGUGGAUACGCAAUGCUAAUAGUUUAAUGACUCCAGCUUAUGGACAAUAUUUCUUCUCUUGCGAUCUGUCUCUUGUUCUCUGCCUUCCUCUCUGUCUCUUUCACACAGCAGUAGGUUUGAUAAACAACCCCCAAAGUAAAGAGUGAUUAAAAGGUAUAGCUUUGUUCACAUUUAAUAAUUAUAAAAUACAGUUGAGCCCAGGCCUGUGUGCCCUUUCAUGAGCUGACUUUGAUAUUUUCAAGUUUAUGGUCUUUAUCUGUAUCAAACUUGUGAGGAGAGAUGGGGCUGAUAGCAGCAACUCACACAACAAACACGUAGCAAACACACAGCCUGUGUGAAGAUCAGUGCAGCACAAGCUACAGCUGUCACGCAGACAACAUGCUGCUAUGUGAAGCGGGCCUUAAGGACAAGAUACUGUGCGAUUUUGGGAUAAUACUUAAAACUUUCCACCAAGUAAUUUCCUGUAUGUCUACAAAUCUGUCUCAAGCUCAACCGCCCAUCCUCACUGCCAGACUUUGAGAUACGUUUCUAAUGUCAAAGAGAGGGCAAUGUCUCUGACAUGUUUUAAUGACUAAUCCCCAUUGUAAUCGGUUAUUUGUAAAGUUCCUCCUAUAAUCUGCUCCCUCAGUCUGUGGGCUGGGAGAAAGCACAGCAUAUCGGGUUUGCCCCCCUCCCCCUCAGUGAGGAUAAGAGGGUCAGGUGCAGUCUGGGUCAGAUGUCUGGUCUGUUCUGUAGUGAUACUUCUAUGGCAAGCUGUUCUACCCGAGGUUUUCUGCUUUUGAGUUACUUCAAUCAGUCACAACUGUGUGUUUAUACGAGCUGGACUGAUAUUUGUGUUUAGUUUAAGUAGAUUUGGAGAUUUUAUCUAAUACUAGACCAGUCCUGAUGUUAACAACCAACAGUAGAAAAUAAUUCAUGAGUAAAAUGGGUACAUUUACUGUAGUACAAUGUGUUGAUCACGUUGCAGUAUAUGUCAUCUGUUAUCUUCUUCUAACUGAACCACAUAUAAACCAACUUUUGAGAAGUUUGCAGUCACUAAGUAAAUUUAAAUAAAUGUCAAAGUUCAUUUGAUUUGAACAGUUAAAGGGAAAUUCCACUUCCUUUUAGCUUGGGCCUGUAUUUGUCUUGUUUUGUGUCCUACUGACUAAAAGGUACAAAAUGUUUUGGAAUUGCCUCGAGUCUGUCCUAAUGGCUGCAGCAUUACCCCUGCCUGCAGGCAAAUGUGGCCGGUAGAAGUAGGUCCACUUAGCUGCUUGUUUUUACCACUGACAUCCCCUGAAAAAGGAUCCCUGCAUCUCUCCUAAACAGACCUUUUAGCAAAGGUAAGAUCCUUUUUGUCCAAGCGGAAACAGCUGUGAGAUUGCCCCCUUCAAAGACAUUACAAUCUGCAAUAGCAACGAAAUCAUUUUACCCCUCAGAACACUGGAUUCUUUGUCAAAUGCAAACUCAAUCUGUUACUUUGUUAUCUUGAUUAAGGUGAUUCAUAUAGCUUGUUCAGAUCCAAUAACACGAAUAUCUUAUCGUUUUAGGAAACAGUUAGCUAGAAGCUCCUGUGUUCUGCAAGAUAAAAGUACUAUCUGGUGUCUUUGAAAGGAGCAAUAUAAUCUCUGUUAGAAAACAAAUCAUCCUCUCAAACAAAAACGGUUACUUUCUAUUGGAUCACAUUCUGUGUAGGGGUGUGAAGUUUAGAUGGUACGAUUAUGGUCUGAGUAAUAAUUACGGUUUCUCGAUUAUUAUGAUUAUUAUGCAUUCAUCAAUUCCACAACAUCAAUACUGCAUAACUUCACACGUUUAUUCUUUAAAAAUAAGGUGUAUUGUUUAUAGUAACUUUUUUGGAUCAGAAGUAACACAGUAAUAAUAUUGUACAAAAUACCUCACCAGCUAAAUGUUUUAGGAGGUUUCUUGCCACAAAUGCAAUGUGAAUUGGUGGGGGGGCAGUGCUGGGUGGUGAUCCUAUACAGCAUUAAGUUUUGCAGACAGGUGGCCUUAUGUCUUCUUGAAUAAUUCCUUGUUUUUAUUUGUUUUUCAUAGUAAAAACUCGAUAAAUCGGUGAUCAUACAUAUCAGUAAGACAAAGAGCUGACGGGCUCAGCUUAACGUGUUCUCAGAGUCACUUGGUGCUGACUCAAAAUGCACACUAUCAAUGAUAAAGUUUCCAGCACUAUCAAUAAAGUCAAAAACUUUUAUUGUAAAGAUUAACAGCAGCCACUGUUAAUCCUUAUUAUUAAGGUUUUGGACUUCUCUGUGAGUGCUGACACCGUUUUUGUUUAUUAUAGAUCAGUUGUUCUCAAUCCAGUGCUCGAGGCCCACUGUCCUGCAUGUUUUGGAUGUUUCCCUGCUUCAGCACACCUGAUUCAAAUGAUUAGCUUGUUAUUAAACGAUUACAGAGCUUGAUAACGAGCUGAUCAUUUGAAUCAGGUGUGUUGGAGCAGGGAAACAUCCAAAACAUGCAGGACAGUGGGCCUAGAGUACUGGACUUGAGAACCAGUGUUAUAGAUCAUUCUCAUCACACAUCACAGGAGCUUUUUGUCCUCAAAGGACACCGUCACUUCACUGAUAGGAGGGGAGUAUUUUAGUCUGGAAUAUUCCCAUUUCUACACACUGUAUCUUCCAUUAUUAUUAACUAGGGCUGCAGCUACCUAAUAUUUCAAUAACUGAGUAUUCUACCCAAUAUUCUAUCAAAUAUCGAGUAAUCUGAUAAAACUUUUUUUUUUUUUGUUUAAGUGCAAUUAUUAAUAUACAAGAGAAAAUUAGAUAUUUAAUUUAAAACAAUUGUUUCCUUUUCUAGAACAAGGAAAGCGGAACAAGCGUGUGCGUUAGCGGAUUGCAAUGUUCGUGAGAAAGCUAAUUAGGGUAUUAACUUUCAUCAUGUCCCUGAAGCCAUUAGUGUCUUAGAGCUGAAUAACUCUGAUGUUACCCGCUGCUUCUACUACAUCGGCAAUAUUAGGCUGCAAGCUAGCGUGAAGAGGAGUGUCCAGAGCAGCGCUGUCUCCGCCCACAACUCAAAGGCGAAUUGCUAAUGAGCUACAGGAGUUCUGCAGAAGAAAAGCCCCUCUCAUUAUUCAUUUUUUCCGCUCCACAAAACCAAAACCGCUCUUACUACUCCUUCUACUGUGGUGACGUAAGCAUGUUGUGCCACCUUGAAAAUAAUUAGUGCGAAACAGUUACGAUUUAAGCUUAUAAAGGAGUACUCGAGGCAGAGAAAAUUCCUCGAUCAUUAGACACUUAAAAAUUUCAAUCUGAGCCCAUCACUAAAAAAACAAGCAAUUUGAGUGGAAACUCUUUAAAGCAGUACCUUCGACCGGAUCGAUUACGUUUUGCCAUUACAGUCUCUAAUGCUGCAUCUAGCUAGUGCAGGCUUACUUUAAAUGUUUUUGUUUUUGUGUACUCGUUUGGCAUCUGAAAAUAAGAUUUGGGUCUCAGAUGUUGAAACUGGCCUGUAUGUCUAAGAUCAGAAAUUAACGGUAACUCUGACAGUAGAUAAGAGGUACGAUAUCUUGUUGCAUGCUGAAAGUGUUUAUGCUUUAGGGGUUUUACGAGGUUUUGUAGAAAGUUAUAAAUAGAACUGUGUUACAUACCAGACAGUGAGAUCUAGACCAGCAGUGACCACAACACUAUUCUAGUUUGUAUUCGCCACUCUGAGGUGACACAAGAUCUGCUGAGCUGACACAUGAGUCUUAUUUUUAUCUUACUGUCAUGAGUCUGUGUCAUCUAGUACACAGAAACAGAAACGCCUAAAUGCUCAACCUCUGUCGAAGCCUUCAGAUAUUAUCUACUCAGCAUGGGUUUCAUGAAGGUUCUCUUGUGUCACCCCCUGCCUGUUUUCCAUUGGGUAAUAUUCAUCAAUAAUAAGCCUUUGUACUGUCCCGAGCUGGCUUUGAAGAGCUAUGAUUUAAGACAUGAAAUGUAGGAUUUCCAUGACUCAUUUAGUCUGUAUGACAGUGUUUCAAAGUCUUUUUUUAAUCUGCUUGUUGAAUCACUGACAUUUAAUAGCAUUUUUCUUGUAGUCAAAGGCUGCUAGAAGAGUACUUUUAAUAUUCUCUCGUUUAUCAAUGUAGAAAUAAAUGUUUUAUUUCAAUUCGUCAAAGAAUAAAAACAGAAUUAAUACAUGGAUGAAUUUCCGCUGUUAGAAAUGCUAACUAAUCACUCAGAAAGUAUUUUGAAUUGCAAAUCACUAAUGCAGUUAUAGAAAACAGCCCAGGACUUUCCCUAUGGGAAAAGUUAAUGCUUUUUUUAUUAUUAUUGUGAAUUAGUCUGAUCCAUAGUUCAAAAUAUUUAACUGAUAUUUUGCAGCAGUGUUCUUUAACCCUACUAUGUUGUUGGAAACCUGUCUCUGACCCCCUAAAACUAAAAAGUGCUACUGUUGGAACAAAGUAGGUCAAGACAGAUCAUAAUAUUAAGUGAAACCUUUCUCUCAGAGCAGGCGCCCCGUGUACAGAGGCUACAAUUCUAAUUGUUCUAGUCCUAGGAUUAAUUCCCUAUCCUGAUUAGAUCUGAUGCAUGUUAUUCUCUUUUUCCUCAUUUUUGUUGCUCUCAAGCUGUCUGAUUAAAGAUUAGCAAAAAAUGAAUGAAUUAAUAGGUAAUACAGUGUUUCCCACAGGACGGGAAUCUGUCUGUGGUGGUGUGGGAUUUGGGGUGCAGGGGGGGCAAAUGAAUCAGCUGUGUGAUCGCAGAUGUGAACUCGCUAAUGCUAAUACUCAGUGUGCUAGCCUCGCAGUGUAGCGCCGCAUAUACUGACACAUACUAAAUCGAAGGUAGCACCCUGUGAAAAAAAUCCUAAUUUUUAAGGUGUGGCGGCUUUUAUGUUGUCGUGGCGGUGCGCCAUGAUCAAUUACAUGUAGGGGAAACCCUGUAAUACCUAUUUGUGAAAACAAUUUUAAACAACCUGUAAAAAUAACACAAUCAUAGCCCUUAACUAUCACAUUCUUUGUAUUCCCACUGAAAGGCAACACACCACUGACUAUAUACUGUCUCAGUAUUUAAGUCAGUCAAACCCCAUUCCUUGACACACAAAUGGGGCCCUGGAGCUAAUGGUGCGCUGGAUUAGCCAGCAGUGGCACACAGUAGUUAGGGAGGUUUAACCCAAUGAUCCCUGCUUAAACAUGAGCUCUUAAUCCACACAGCUGACAUUCAGCCAUUCACUUGAAUACUGCUGUAUAACCUACUCUCUGCUUCCUCCAGAUAAGCAAAGUCCUUCACGUAUAAAGUACAGUUUUUUCUCUCCAUCUACUAAUAAAAGUGCACAGAUGCACUGGGUUUAUGCCUCGUGAGUCGUGAAUGUUUAUGAAUAAUGAUUAUGGCUUGGUUUGGAUAAGUAGCAGUGACAAACACUCCAGUGAAAGCGCUCUUUCCAGAUAGCGGGUCAACCUACCUGAGAAGCUGUUGGAUAAAUAUUUGCAAUAGAGGAAGUAACAUGUAAUCAUUAGCUUUGGCACAGCAGUACUGUAAACUUUUAUGUCCUUUCUUUUUAAACCAGGGUGCGACAGGAGGACAUACAGUUUGUGUUCAAUAAUUUAUAUCAGGAAACAAACAGGUGGUGCUGCUUUAUGGUCACAAACUGUCUGUGGGAAUAAAUCUCGAAGACAAAGGGCAUUAAUUGAUGAAAUAUACAUUAAGUUUGAGCCUUCUUUCACUUUGCCCUAAAUCUGCAGCAAUUUGCCUACACCUCUAUUUUUUCAGCAAUUUUAUGUAAAUUACAAAUCUAGUCAUUUUGAACCACUCAGCUGUAUUCAAGUUCUAUAGGUUCAUAAAAAAGUAAGUACCAUAGCUCUCUAUUGUCACCCCAAUUUGGAGCACCAAGGUGGAAGAAGCUCAGAGGUUGACUUCAGAUGUUAUACAGUUGUACCAUUGGUGGUGCAGAUGCGGUUGCAGUUACGCAAACUGAACAUUUUUAAUAAGUAUCUUUGUGGCUCGAUGCCAAGUAAAUACAACAUCAUGGAAAGCUUUGUUUAGAUAUUUCAAUGGAAUUGUGUUAGCCUCUCCGUGUAUUUCCAAAUGCAUAAAGAUGUUACAGAGUUGCAACAGAUCCACUGAAGCAUUGUAAAGUUUCAUUCUGCAAAACAUCUUGAACAACUUUUUCUGUGAGGGGUAAAAUCCUGGAACUCACUUUAUUGAAAAGAGAGCUUUAAAAAAAGCUACCAAAACAGAGUGAAGAAUUUUUCCAUGCUGUACCCAGUUUACAGUCUCUGGAUGAUACGCAAAUUAAUACUUGAAAAGAAUGGCUGUUUUCAGUUUGCCAUUGUAUAUUAUAUCUGUCCCUAACAAGUAAACCUUAAAUUAGUGAACUGUAACCAUUUUGAAAUUCACUGGGACGACUUCUUAUUACUCAAGAGAGAAAGCUGAGCACAGGGACCCUAAUUCUGAUUUUCUAGCAGUCCAGCUUUGAUCAGAAACUGAAGGUCUGCACAGUUGACAAACACCUCUGACUCAGUGAAUAACAGAUCCCCGAGUCUGAACACUAAGCUUUGACCUGUUAAUGAAGUCUAUGCUUCUGAGCUGCUCUGACUGAACCGUGAUUAGACUGGAAGCCGAGACUUUUUUAAGCCCCGCUGACAUGGGGGUUAACAUGAGCCUAUGGGUCCUGUCUGCACUUGCAUGUCUGUGUUCUAGGUUUGUAUUUACAUGGUUUUUGUUUGCUCUGUGCUUUCCCCUCUGUAUUUCUUUCCCUCUCAGUCUAGAAAGAAUCUAACAUCAAAAGUUUUGACGGCAUUAUUGCUGCACUUUCAGGGCAUUUGUCACCAUAUAGUAACAAAGUCAUUUAAAAAAAGCUCAGUGUAUGGAAAUUUUAGAAAUUUGUAUGAUAAAGUGUCCAUCGACAUUGAAAGAGAGAAAAGUAGGUCCAGAUUAAGUAGAUAAGUAGGUGGAUGGACAAAUUUUGUGCUUAUAAAGUGAGUAGUAGCACUCCUAUAGGUCUGCACACUAAGAGGGGAGGUCCCUCAAAAUGGACUGUGAAUACUAAUUGCUCCUCAAAUUGCUCAUUUGCUCUUUCUAUCCUCAGAGUUUAAGUCCUCAAACAAUUUGCUCAUGUUUUGUGUCUGAUUGUGGCGAUAAGCUGUCAGCAUCUCCACUCUCUGCUGCAAUAAGCUCGGCUUCAGGCUUUCAUCCCCAUUGGGCUGUAAACUGCACAUGUGCGUGAAAAUUAAGCCUCUUAUCAAUGUAUUGUGGAAUUGGCUCAUGACAAAAGGGGUGAUACAAAUUUCCUCAUGUAUAACAAAGCUGGAGCAAGCCAGCAGGAGCAGCUCAUCUGGGAAAAAAGAGAAAAAAUAAUUCUUCUCCAGCAUCAUGUGGUUAAAUGCGUCUGUAUGCGCGAGGGCUGAGCAUUAGACAUUAUUUUUAUUCUAAUAGUAGUAAAGAUAACAGACUAAAUGUAUGUAUGGAUCACUAUUUGCACAUUCAGAAGUAGAGUUAUUGGUAUGGAAUUGUGGUUGCAGAAGCUGCAACUCCCUGUGAAUCAGGCCAUGAGAUAUAGAGCAGAGUUACUACAUCUGAAAUAUUGCUUGUCAUUAUUAUUCUAUUUCUGUCUGUAAGAACCUACAGGACAUCGUUUUUUAAGUUGUGUUUUAGGGCAUUUUUGCCAAGAGUAAAGAGCAAGGGUUGACAUGCUGCAAAGGGUCGUGGCUGAGAGUCAGACCAUUAAACAUUGUAUGAGGUUAGCUUAAACUGUAUGGGGUUAGCGUAGACUGCUAGGCUGCUAGGACCCCACAGGAUAUUCUCAACGUUGGAUUUGACAAACUGAGUUGAGAUCAGGGAAAAUUUAGUGUCAAGGCCUUUUGUGUGUCUAUAAGAAAGGAUGCUGGACACUGAUGGGUUACACCUGAUCAAUGUUCUUCUAAAAGGGAUGCAGCAGUGAUCUUGAGGUUUAACAGGCAAUUUCCCCCUUUUUUACAGGUGGUUCCACCCUAACAUCACCGGAUUCGAGGCAGAGCAGCUCCUGUUGACGCGGGGCGUCCACGGUAGUUUCCUGGCCCGACCCAGCAAGAGCAACCCGGGGGAUUUUACCCUGUCUGUGAGGUGAGUCCUCACCUCCACCCUCUCUCUCUGUUUCCAUGUUGAUCUUGUUUUCCCUCCAUUAGCUUUUCUCUUUAACUUCACUGUUUUCACCGGUUCAAAGUUCAGUCCUGAGAACAAACAAAGCUGUUGCUGUUUUACUUUGAGAGACUUAACAGAUGAUUGAAAAGACAAGUGGGUCAACCUGGAAAAUGAUCACUGUAAUAUUUACAAUAUAUUUAAGUUACAUUUUAAAUAUGAUGCCACUUUUUUGUUUUAAGGAUAGGAUUCUCAAUGGGCUUUUCUGAUUUCCUGGCACAGAUCUCCACCCUUUCCAAAACAGUGUCUCUUUCGUGCUGUUUUGGCAAACAAAACAUAUCUAGUGAUACAAUGAUGGGGCUGCCAGCACAGUAUUUUAUUGUGGGAACCCUAACAUGCUUUAAGGUUUUUCUUGUUGAGUGACAUGCUACUUUAUAGAUCUUAUGAGCAGAAAUAUCAAGAGUUACUCUCAUUAUUUAACAUGUGGAGUGUACUGCUGUCCGUCAACGCUCUAAAAACUAUUGAGUAAUCAUGAAUUUACUCCGUUUCAGUCUGAGAAUAAGCAGUGACUGUGCUGGUUUGACUAAAGUGGGAUGUUUACCCAUCAGAAGAACUCAAGGUCUAUCCUGAGGCAGAGCAAAUGACGAACAUCCAGACAAUAAACUAGUAACAAACAUUUUCUCUUUGCUUGGAUAAGUGGCAUUUAAACAGAAGUUGUUUUGUGUGAUUGUUUCUAGGAAAGUGUUGGAUAACUGGUUUGGAUUUUAUGAGAUCAGAUAACACGACACAAACAGCUCUGAAAAUCCUUAGUUUUGGGGUAAUGGGGUAGAGCUGAGGUGAGUCAGAGAAGUGCACUAGAUUGUAACACCCUGAGAAACCACAGUAAUACCCUAAAGCAAAGUUCACUUGAUCUCUUUAAUGAAAUUUCUAGUAAGAAGGGCUCAGCAUGACAUGCUGCGGUGCUCACAGGGAGCACAGAACAAACCAAGAAAGAAGAGGAGAGAGUUUAUAGAGUGGCUUUUCCUUGGCAACGGAAGCUUUUAAGAGAUACAUCAGUCGGCCAAGCGCCUGGAACAAGGCCCAAACACAUUUGUUACUGUGUGACUGCAGCUGAAGCUGGCAUGUUUGCAUGGGGAUAUAGAGGCCGUGUGUGUGAGAGAGAGAUAUUGAAGGAAAAAAAAACUUGGGCAGGAAAAGGAAACAGUCAAGUAAGACAUGCAGUAGCUUUGAAAUAAUAUUAAGAGUGGGGGACCUGUUUAGGGUUUGACCUUCACUCACUAAGGUUAAUGUGUGUGUGUGUGUGUGUGUGUGUGUGUGUGUGUGUGUGUGUGUGUGUGUGUGUGUGUGUGUAAAUGUGGCUCUGCUCUGUCAUAAAUCACACCCCUCACAGGAGGAGUGGUGGGGGUUAGUUGUAGCUACAGUUUGUACAGUUUGUGGUCUCGACAGACUUAAACACACGUACACACAUUGAAGUGGGUGUGCAGAGGCUCAGCACCUGCUAGAGAAGGUAGGUCACAUUGACCAGAGAGAAAGAGGGAGGAACUGAGCUCUUGUGGUGGGGGACUGAAACUCGAAAGGAAAGAUAAGCAGUUGACUUUCUCUUACAAAAAAAGUUUGGUUACUUCUCUCAGGAGCCAGAAUACAAACAUGUAAACAAAGGGGACAGUUAUAAAAAAAACAGAGAAAGUUAAGAAACUGUGAUUUAUCAUAUUAGUAACCAGACAGCAAAAUUUGACCGGUGACAGCUACAGAGGCUAUACAUUUGGGCUUGCACUGACAGUUACAGUCAAUAUUAAUUUUAGUUACAUAGUAAUGUGUACUUAACCAUUCAAAAAAAGACAAAACCCUUUGUGGUUGAAAGGGAUGGCAUGAUAACUUUUACUAAAUUAACAGUUAAAGCCGCCGGCUUACAAGCCCCCUCAACACUGUCAAUUCCAACUGAAGUGUGGAAACACCAAAACGUUUUAUUUUCGUAAAAUCCUAACAUAACGACCUGAAGUUAUGUUUGAAGCAGCCUUCCAGAUACAAUGUUUGUUCAAGCAAAGAAACAAAGAAGAAACUGAAAGUUGGGCUUUUCUACAAUUAUUCAUAGUCACCCUAGCCAUCAGAAUUCAUAGUGAUUACUUGAGCUGUAUCGUUUUGUUUUUGAUUAAAACAUGCAGCCUUCAGACCUUACGAUGGAAACUAAAGAGCAUUAUCAAAGCAUAUAUCUUCAAUAUCAGUUGUCAGAUUUUGUGAUCAUUUUUGUCAUAUUUGCAGAGUCCUGUGUUAGAGCUGGGUGAUAUGGCCUCAAAUCAAUACCAUGAUAUAUUGAGCAGUUCACCUCGAUAACGAUAAAUGGACGAUAACUACUCCACAAGCUGCUCACCCCCUCCCACAUUAACUCUAUCUACUUCAGCUGCUGCUCCAGCUGCUACAACUUUUGAUCUGCCCUCCAUCUCCUCACCUGUCUUUCCCUCUUUGUUACGGACUGGAUGGGGUGGAGUCAUGUCUAAGACGUAGGACAGCGUCUUAAAGGGACAUGAGACCAUAGCCUACCUACACACAUCCAACACCAACUUUUAUUUCUUUAUUUAUUUGACACCGAAUAUAUUGACAUGGGCAAAAUAACGUCGACUAUUGUUGUAAAUUUUGGUAGCAGUAGCUUUUCGGUUUAUCACGCAGCCCUAUCCUGUGUGCUGUAUUCAAGAAGCAGAUAGGCGCUUGCUAACAUCAGUUGCUUUCCAUUACCUCACUCGCUUUAUUACAUGUUUCAUUAACUUGAUUUUAGAGAAUCAUUUGAAUUCUCAAAAAGGAGUAAAAAGAGACCUCCAUUUUUCAAACUUAAUAAAGUACUACAAAGAAACAUCAUACACAACGUCACAACAUUUCUGACCAUAGACUGUAUCUAAAAAUGGAUGCUACAAGUGUUCACGAGUCUGUAAGGUCAAAUGAGAAAAUUAUCCUGUCUCUCAUGAAAGAGAGUCACCAAAACCUGCGCUCAUUUUUGAUUUUGCUCACCAUCUUGAGGGCAUGUGCAGUAUGAAAAAUGUAAAAAAUGUAGGUUCUUAAUUUGACUGAUUACACUGAGCUUAACAAAGUCUGUCUGGUGUCGAAAAUAUUGGAACCAAGUAAAGAUAAAUAACUAAUUAUCCUUUAUCAGCAGGAGCUAUUCUUAGCUAGCAUCAUGCUACCUAACACAGUCUUCAUUUCUUGUCUAACACACACACAUACACACUCAUGCACACAGACACACAGAGUGUCUUAUCAGAGCAGAGGCUAAUUAGCCAGUCAUUAGCUAGGUUUCAUCUUACCCAGGCCCUUAUCAGCAGGAAAGUUAAAGGAUAUGUUCAGAUUGUAAUGGACGCUGAGGGAGUCUGUUGCUCUCUCUCUGUCUCUCUCUCUCUCUGUCUUAUCUCCCUCUCUCUCGCUCUCCUCCUCUUAUCUCACACACCUCUCCUCUCUUCAGUGCAGCAGGAGGCGAACAGCAGAAGCAGUGGUCGAACUGAUCUGCAGCUCUGAAGCCGGAGCUGUUAACGAGCGCUUUUUGAGGAUUUUGAAAAUUGUAAUCAAUUCAGAGUUUCACAAAGCUCAAAGAAAGAGAGAGAGAAAAGUUUGAAGCAGAGAAAGUUUUGUCCUAAUUUACAGUCCAACCCCAUAAGGAGAGCAGUCCGGUCAAGUUCUCAUUUUUUAUGCUCUUUAUAAACUCUAAAGACCCUGAGGAGGAAUUUUUGAGGGCAAUCUUGAGAGAGAAUUUUGCGGGGCAAAUUAGCACUGAGAGGAAUGGAUUUUCAGGUCCAUGCAAGCCAGAGUUUACUCAGAUGAGUUUCCUUUGCAACCAGGCUAUCCUGUCAAGUGGAGAAAAAAAAAAACAUUCAAGUCAAUCUAUGAAUGUUUAAUGUAUUUGAAUUAUAAUUAUCUCUGAGCUUUCAAAUGGAGCUCUAAGUGAAGUUUCUUUCUCCUGCUGCAUUAACAAAAGUUAGCUUUGUCUUUACGCGGCCCAUUAACAUCCUCAGCUAAGAGAAGCAGGAGUCGUGCUUCCAUCUGCAUUUUACAUGCACACAGCAAUCAGGUCUAAGUAUUGAUGCUGAAGCUGUCUUUAAUUCAGUUAAUUCAGUAAAUGAACAUCAACAACCUUUUUCCAUGAUGUUGAUGAGACAGUGACAACAUAAAAACAAAGCACUUAUAAAAAUAUACAUUUUCAUAACUCAAAGAAGACAGAACUCAAAUGUCAGUAGAGAACCUCCUGAUACUGAAAGUCUACUUUCCGCCACAGUGUGUUUACUUCAUCAGUACAAAUACAAGUUAUACAGUCUUGCAACAGGCUGAAUGAGCUGAGGGAUUCUCACUGUCAUUAAUGAUUUGUUCCUUUUGUACAUCAGUGACAAAGCCACAACCAGCUGCUGGCGGUGUUGCCACUUAAAUAUUAAAAAAUUGCUGUUUUUAUGGGCCUCCUUCUAUUCUGGUUUAAGGAUGUGUUAUUUCAUAAAAUAUUCAACAGUUUUGAUCAAUUCUGAAUCAUUUAAGUUGACAAUGCGGCUCAAAACUCUUUAAAAUGAUUGUUUAUCCAUUACCUGUCAUCACAGGCAGAGUUGAGGACUAUAUAAGAGCAAUACAGCCUUUUUUAUUGUUGCACUUCAUGUGAAGUGCAAGAAACGAAACACAGCCAAGGAGGCCAAAGACAUAAUGUUUUGUUCCAAGAUCAUGCCACUUUAUGACCACUUUUAUCUGUGCAGCGUACUUUCCUGUCCUGUCCUUAGUCAAUCAGCAGGGAUACAGCAGUAGCUUUGCGUUGUGGGAAAGUCUAAGCUAAGUUAUUCAGGAAUUGUUGAUAUUGUACAUGUCACAGUAUAAUGAGAAUGAAAUGCAUUACAUGUUAAUGCUUCGUAUGGCUUUAAUACAGUGGCGGCUGCUGGUCUUUCAAUGAGGGGAAGCUCAUUUUUCUGGCCUACAUCAUAAUUGUAUUUGUUUAUUAGUAUGUAACAGAACAGAGUCGCCAAACACAACGGCAGUCGUUUUUAAUAAAGACAGAAGUCGCUGAGGAUCGGUAAAGUCUCCGGAGCAGUUAAGAACAACGGAAUGAAUGACUUGGAAAAUGCUCUGGUAGAUGUUUUAUUCUUCAAGAUCGCUGAUUCGCUUGUUUAGCUGUCAAUCAAAAAAGGAUUUCGCCUCAGACAGCUCAUCCAAUCAUGGAUGCAGAAGCUUGGAGUCCGGGAGAAAGUCGGGACCGCCCUCUCGCCAUAGAACUCCAGUGAAGCUAAGCUUCCGAUGGGCGGGACAAAGCCCAGCAUUUAUCCAAUGAGCGUCUAGUUUCGCUGCUGGAACAACCCACUUUUAACUUCCAGAUUGAAGUCAGCAGAAGCCCAGCGUCCGGCUGUUUAAAGCGCUGAGGCGCUGCGAGGAUGAAUGAGAACGAAGUUAUGCCGGUAACCUGUAAUUAUCAGCUUCUUAUCACAGUGUCUGAACAAAAGAUGAAGGCUUUCUAGUGCAUAUUUAGUUAAUGAAAUGUACACACAGCAGUACGUAUUUCACCACUUUUUCUUUUUUUUGGGGGGUGACAUUUAAAGGGAAGCCGAGCUUCCCUUGCAGUCUUAGAGCAAUCGCCACUGCUUUAAUACCAGGUUGAUUAGCCAAGUAGACGAAUUUAAAGAGAGAAACAGUUGUGAUGACUUUCUAUUUUGACCAAAGCUAGACAUAAUAUUUGUAGGUGUCAUUGAGAAGAAUUUGUCUAAAACUAUAAAGGAUUAAAACAAGCCGUCAAAACUAAUUCUGGCCCAUCCUUAAAGGUAUUGACAAAUCAUAUGAACUUUCCUCCUUUUAGAACCAAAGUAUUAAAAGAGGUGAAAAAUGUAUUGUUGGAUGAGUGACCUGAAUGUGGUAUAAGAAGAUUUUUCAGUGGUGUCUUGCUGUAAGACUAUUUCUUGGAAUAGCCUAAAGGUGAGGCAUGCUAUAAUUCAAGAAUUUAGGGAUCUGUACAUGUUCAUUUAUGUGUAUCUCUCAUCAAUAAAUGAUUCUCUUGUCUUGUGUCUGUACACUUGAUUUUACCAGGAUUUUGGAUGCUGCAAAAUUAGCCAUUUUAGAGAAAAACAUGCUGCUAUCCAGAUAAUAUCUUUGCAUAUUUAGUUCUUUUUACAAGAUGAUGCAGCUCAGUGUCCUUUUCCAAACAUUUAGAAAUGUAUUGCUGGCAUCAAAUUAAAAUAAGCAAGUAUGAGCGCGAGUGGUUGUCUGUCUCUCUGCGUGGUCCUGCAAUUGUCUGGCGACCAAUUCAGGUUGUACACCGCCUCUCGCCCAAUGACAGCUGGGAUAGGCUCCAGCCCACCUGCGACCCUGAAAGGGAUAAGAGGUAUAGAAGAUGAAUGAAUAUUUUAUAAAAUAAUGAAGUGUUCCAGUUUUGGCAUUUGGUUGUUGCCUUUGUACCAUGUUCAUUGAUUCAUAAACUUUGAUUAACUUGCAAACCAUCAAAUUCAAUUUUUUCACCAACAUUUUGCUCAUCUGUCUUUGAAGUAGUGGUCAUCAAUAUCCUGUUUUUCUCUCUUUUUUCUGAUAAACAACCAUGUUUAAAUUUUACUUCAAGAAACAAAAAUUGUUUCUUGAAAAUAAACCUUUUUUUCCAUCUUAAAAGCACAAAAGAUUCUCCCAUAAUCUCUGUUUUUCAUUAAGUUAGUUAUUUAAAGACAACCUAAGUGUCUUUGGUUCUCUUUUGAAGUAAAUAGAAAGAUUUGUCUUUAUUACAGUGUGUAUAUAUCAAAAAGGACUGGCUAAGUCAAAGUGUUUGAGAAUUUCAUCUUAUCUUAAUGACAUUUCUUACUCUCUCUCAAAAUCAAAGGGCAAAAUGAAACAAAAGAAUUACAGUAAUUAAUCUUUCAUGCAUCCAAAUAUAGCCUGUUAUCAGAGCGAGCUGGAUGGUCAUUAGGACAAACUUUUGAUGGCUCUCUGUAGUCUUUCUGCACAGAAGCCAGUAAUAUUUGUGCAGAAGCCUGUAAGAGGGUGUGUUCAGCUCAUCCCACUGUUAGCAGUGUUAAACCCCAAGAGAAAAGGGGGUUUUGGCCCGAGAAUCAAGGAGGGCCCUUUAACAGGGCCAAAGACCUGUGGCACCCAGCCAACAGCCUCUAUUAGAGCCAUAAAGCAAUUACCAGGAAAUACUGAGAGAGAGGGAUGGAGGGGAAAAAGAGAGAGGGAUGGAUAAUCGGACAAGAAUGAAGGGAGGAUUUAUAGUAUGUUGAGUGCAAGGAUGGGAAGAAUAGAGAAAAAGGAAUGUGAAAUCAGCCAGGACAGCAAGAAAAGUGAUGGGGGAAAUAGGAUUUGUGCCAUUUGAUACGGCCAUUAGCUAGUAAUCAGUUUGCAGAGGGAGAGAGAGGGAGAGGAGGGGAAUUAGGAGAAAGAGAGAGACAGUCAGAAGAGGAAGACAGACAGAUGGAGAGAGAGAGAUUUGUAUCUCAAACCGAAAAUCAGACUGCUGCACUGACUGCCUGACCAACUCCCCUGUGGUCCUUAAAACUCAGUAGUAAGUUUGUGUGUGUCAUCUUUAAUACGUUUACAGGGCGUUUUGUUUAUUUCUGCCAGAGAAACAUGUCAGACAAAGUCACUGGAGAUGGAAGAUGGAAAAACAAGUGGAUUUAGCGCCCAAGCUGUUCAGCUGCUUCUCCACUUGCUUGCAGACAGAGUUGAACUGGGUGUUUUAGAGCCUCUGUGCGCAUGUGUGCUGUGUGUGUGUGUGUGUGUGUGUGUGUGUGUGUGUGUGUGUGUGUGUGUGUGUGUGUGUGUGUGUGUGUGUGUGUGUGUGUGUGUGUGUGUGUGUGUGUGUGUGUGUGUGUGUGUGUGUGUGUGUGUGUGUGUGUGUGUGUGUGUGUGUGUGGAUUCAGCCUCAUGUGCACAUAUUCGAAAAAAAAAAACAGUAAGGGGACUUUGAAUAUGCAAAGUGGUACCAAAUGUUUUCUGGCUUAUCAGUCUUUGAGCUGGGCAGCUGCGUGCGCUCUGUUGUACUGUUCUGCAAUCACAAUGCAGCUUCCCCCCAAAUGCAUUAGAUAUAAAAACUACAGAGAAUUAAAGAAGGGAUGAUCCCUUGUGAAGAGAUUUAUGUUUGUUUGCUUAUGGAAGUGAAAGUGAAAAACGCUGUCUGAUAAAAUUCCUCAGUGUUUUCAAAUCACUGUGGGCCUCUGCAGCUUCUUGCAAUUUUCUUUGCUGCACUGGGUUGCGCCUUACUUUUUUUUAGUGUAGACAAAAAGAAAAGUUAAAGAUGUUUGGGAUUAUUCACUUAGUACUCAGAGCUAUGUGUAAUGAUUAAAAUAUCCCUGUGAUGCAAACAAACUCAUUGUGUUACAGACCAAAUGAAGAAGGUUUGUGUUAGAAAAUAUCAGUUGGAUGAGACAAAAAAUGUCACCAGGACAACAGGCUGGUAAAAAAAAAAAAAAGUCUUAAUAUGGAAACAGAUGGCCUGAUAAGCUGGAACAGUUCUGUGUACAUGCAAUACUCUAUGAGUAAGUGUGGGCGACAAAGUGUGUACAGUCUUGAAUUAAGCAUGAACAUACACCGUAUGAAUACGCGUGUGGGUGGCUGUUGGUGUUUGCAGCUUAAAUAUCUGCUGAGUGCAACAUUUAAGCGAAAAUGAUCAAAAGGGAAAUGCAAAACUGCUUGUUGAUGUUUAGAGGAAGAUUUUGAUAUUUAAGUGAUAUUAUUUCCUCUUUGUGUUUUUCACUCUCAGACGGUACGAUGAGGUGACCCACAUUAAGAUCCAGAACUCAGGGGACUACUACGACUUGUAUGGAGGUGAGAAGUUUGCCACGCUGGCCGAGCUAGUGCAGUAUUACACCGAGCAACAGGAUCUCCUGCGUGAGAGAAACGGCCAUGUCAUCGAGCUCAAGUACCCACUCAACUGCAAGGACCCCACCUCUGAAAGGUGCACACCAAGUCAUUCUCCAUACCCAUGCAUACAAAUGAGCUCACAUUAGCAUACAGCCAAACACAACGUAGAUAACUAUAGGCAGACAGGCACAGAAGUUUAGCUCAGGUUAGCCACGUAUAUUGCUAAACUCAUUAAAAGUGCAUGAAAGUUUCUCUCUGGACCACAAGUUAUUUUUAUUCUUCCAGCGUCAGGGCUGUCAGACUGUUAAGCCUCAUCCUGCAGUGAGAAGCAGCUAAACCACCUGGGAAUGUUAUUAGUCUAGAUUUCUCUUCAGCUACAGGAUCCUGUUGUGGGCUCUAUGCUGUUUUUGUAGCAUUUUUCACCCUGUAUUAACUCCUUAGAAUUUCUUGAAUUUAAUUCGGACCAUGAAAUUGUGACACAUAAUACUAUGCAUUAAAGUUUUGCGUCAUCAUGAUGCUUUUCCAGCAUAUUCAAGCAAAAGGGGCCAGGCUGACAUCAGUGUUGAGUUACACUCUUGCAGGGGAUAGCCACCUAUGUCAGAGCAGAUGUGUACUUUGGGAGUUAUUAGUUUGUCUUACCACAAAUUAAGAUUUCAAAUGAUUCAUUUUCAUUGGCAUCAAAUUUCAGCCGAGUCACAAAUGGUUACAAACUUUUGUAGCAGUCAACAAGUAAUGUCCCCAUUAGCUUCUUUGUCAGAAAUCCCAGUCCAAUUCUUAUUAUUGAAUACAUGCCAAUACAAGCCCUAACCUGAUAUGUUUCCAUUAUUAAUAGAGCUACAGACCCACACAAAUAGCUGCAACCAAAAUAUUGCCUGAGUUUGUUCUGUUUAACUUAGUACCAGUAGCCUUGCUGUGCACCUCACCUAUGAAAUCAAAACUUGGGAAUGGUCUGAUUGUCUGAAGCAGUAAAUUCUUUUUUUCUCCUGGUGUCUAUCUUUCUUUUAUAAACCCAGAGUUUACUACAGAUCUGCUUUGUUCCAUAAACAAUACCUGCUUUUUGACUAUUUUGUGGAUAAGUCACCACUGCUUUUGUCUUCUUCUCUGAUUUGUCUGUCAUUCACUCACAGCAACUUUUGUUUAAAAUCAAACAUGUUCACAGCCUGGGUGGGGGGGUAUGCAUUACAAAGAGUAAUGCAUAGUUUAACAUAACUGAGAGUGUGUUGGUGCCAACUUAGAGUUGGGUUACAGUCGUUUACGGUCUGCUUCAGUUCUUCCUCUUCAUCUUUGUCUCGGGUUAACCAAAAGUUUGGUCUCAGAAGUGAAGGUUUUUGUAGUUGAAGUACACUCAUGGUGUACCUUAUAAGCUUUUUAUAAGCUUUAGAUAUUUUGAUCCUAUUUAACAUAAAGAUAGCAAAGAUUACAUCAGAUUAUAUCGUUCAAAAGCACUUGGUAUUGAAAAGAAUUGAGGUUUGAAAAUGUGGAGCUUUUAUUUGAAAAGAAAUCAACACAAAAAUAUGUACAGUUUGUGUUCCAGCCUCAGUUUCCAGCAGAAUCUGUGAGAAUAUGUAUUCUGAAGACACUGAAUUAUAAUCCAACCAUAUAUCAGCCGCAAGUCCUCUGCGAAAUAAAAUGGCAACAGAAAAACAAUCAGCCUUUAGUUCACUAUGUACCAGUGCUUGUGUUUACUCGUUCUAAUUGUAGGGAGGAAACAUUAUUCAGUACGUACACACUCCCACUCAUUAAAUUUAGACUCACUUCAUAUCCACAUGCAUAAAUAUUGGUCUAUUUGCAAAUACGACUUCAAACAAGCCUAGUGGGUGGUGCUGCUGUUUUUGUUUAUGUGCAGCAAGUAUCUACAGGCUAACGCUCUCCAGGGAGUACAUACAGGUUUGAAACAGACAUACACUUUAUCCCACCUACACAGCUCAUUGAAAUGGGAGACUAAAGCCUCUGCCAGGAAUCCAUGUGUGCACUCACACAUAUACAGGAAGCUUUUUGGAAAGGUACAUGUUUAUAUUUAUUUCCUCGUGUAAAUAAUCUCUUUCCAGCUGUGGUCGGUAUCGUCUCUUGCUAAUCUUAUUAUGUACACCUCCUUAUUCUACACAUCCUCUCAGUCUGAUGUGUAUAUCUCUGUUUUUGUUUAGGUUGAAGAGAAACUCGUGAUCUUUGGUUUUGGCUUAUGUGGUUUUUCCAUUCUACAUAUACGUCUCUUGUUAAAACCUCCCACACACUUGUCCUCACCACACAGGAAAAAAAAAAAACAACAACACACACACAUGCAGGUUUUUCAUCCUCACAUCAGCAACUGAGUGCAGACACUUUAUUCUUGUGUAGGAGUCUGUGCUCACAAUGUAACAGUACAUAUAGAUAGACAUUAUGUAAACCCCACACUUACGAUCUGGGCCUCUUUCCCUCAAGGGAGGAAGCAUAUUGUCAGUCCUCCUCCUCAGUUUGUCAAGUUUCAGUCUCAACUCGUAACUUGUCUCAUUAAUUCUUCUACCUAGAAACAGCAUGUAGCAGGAAGCUGAGCUUCUCCAUUUUUUUGUAAUAUAACAAGACAGUGACACAGCCGGUCUGAUUGAAUUAAUACUCACUUAUAUGGGAAAAAGUUGGCUGUGAAAACAGAAAGUUUGCAGUAAAUACAAUUUUAAGUAACAAAGAACCCUUCAAACUGGGAGUAGAUUCACUGAGGAAAUUGUUGCAUUUUUUGAGACACAAAGAUGGAUUUUUAAGCUUAUUUUCUAAAUAUACAAGAAAUAUUUACAGACUACCACCAGCUACUCUUUUGAAAAUGGCUUUAAAUGUAGGACUCAGUGUACACCCUACAACCAAUAAGUGAGAAAAUUAUGUCCAGAUACAGAAAUAAGAUUUCUGAUGGUCCUGAAAUGAGACUACACGCCCUUGAAUUUACAGAGGAAUUUCUUAACCUUGAAAGACAUAGUCUGACUGAAUCUACUUUUACUAGACAUGGAAUUUAUUGGCGUGAAUCUUUGCCACAUGAAGUACAAGUCCAAUUUCAACUUUGAGAUGUCACAAAAUUACCCAAAAGACUCAUAGUGUGUUCCAUAAAUAGAAUAAAAAUAACUUCACAAAAAGAAUAACUAUUUAUCUUCGAAGGCAAAUUCAAUAAAUUAAAUAAUGUCUUCGUACUGAAUGUCCAUCUCAAAAUGAUGUUAGUGCUGUGAUUUAAGGUUGACAAUAAAACCUAAGGUAGUUUUGCUUCUUAUGAGUCCUCAAAAUGUGAAAAGAUAUAAAGAAUGAAAUGUUUGAAAUAACUAAUUCUGAUAUCUUAGAGCUGUUUUGUUUUUGUAAGCCUUAAUUAACAGUUUCAAAAAUACGUCAUGUCUUGUUUCAAGAUAAGCUGUUUACAUGUUAAAACCUUAGUAACAAAUAGAUCCAUCAAAUGAAUACUUUGCUAGCAGUGUUUAAUCCCAGAAUAUCAAUAAUUGGGCAAGAAACGGCUUCAGUGAAAUGAGUGUUGUGAUCCUGAGUUUGGAUUUUACAUUCAAAUAAAUGCUGCACUGAUAUACCAGUGUGGUCUGAAAUCAUGACUGAGAGGUGUUUUUUCACAGGCUUAUGUGGAUACUUACACUCCAGAGUAAUGCUCUGUUGGCAUCAGUCUGAUUAUUUGCACCUGUAUGUUUGGUUCGCAGCUUAAGUUGAAAGUACUUGAGUAAUAUUUGAACUCUGCUGGACACAGAGUACGUACUACUUCUGUCUUUUCAAUUUGGCUGACAGAGAGUUUUUCAACAAGUGAAAUGUGUAUUUUAAAAGGACAGUGGUGUUGUUAUUUUUCCCCACAGUAACAGCAGUAAGCAGCUCAUCUAUAAUGUACCAAAAGAGGUUAAAAAUAAUAAUAAUGUGUUAAUUUCUCAUCUUAAUGUUUUUGCAACUUACAUGUUAACACUGGCAGCCUAGGUGAGAGUAUCCUUUCUAAGAAGUGACAAGCUUAAAGAAAGGGAAGUGCUUUAAGCUCUGAAAGAAAAACAGUCUUAUCUGAUAACUUUUCAUGAGCAGGUCUUGCGUACUGCAUAUUUAACGGGUCUUUUUUGUUUUAACUUGAUGUUUACAUUAAAAAAAUUUGACCCUGAAUGUCCAGAACAUCACAUUGAGACAGUCUGUUGAUAAAUUGUCUCCCUCUUUCUCAGGUGGUACCACGGGCAUCUGUCGGGGCGAGAUGCAGAGAAACUGCUCACAGAGAAAGGCAAAGCAGGUAGCUUUCUGGUACGGGAAAGCCAGAGUAAACCGGGCGACUUUGUGCUCUCUGUUCUCACCAAUGAGGAGAAACACGAGAACGUGGAUCGGAGGACCAAAGUCACCCAUGUUAUGAUACGCUACCAGGUGAGGAUACUCAGACAGUGCCUUUGGAAAUGGAAAAGCAGAGGUUUAUAAUCGCCUGUAAUUUUCCUCAGUUUACUGCUGAUGCUUUGAGUUAGAUUAUUUGAAAAUUGUAAAACAGAUCAUGAGUUUUUUUUUCUGAACCAUUAAGACUCACCACAGCAGCUGUUGCUCUCGUUAAAGUGUUUAUGUUUAUGUCUCCAGCAGGACGGUAAAUACGAUGUGGGCGGUGGUGAGAGGUUUGACACUCUCGCUGACCUAGUUGAUCAUUACAAGAAGAACCCCAUGGUGGAGAAAAGUGGCAUUGUUGUGCACCUUAAACAGGUAAGGCAAAACAUGCUGGCUUCUUUCAACUAUGGCCAUUUCGACUUAAAAUAACUUGGUAUGACACAUUGACUAUUAUUCCUCCUGUCUUACAGCCCUUUAAUGCCACAAGGAUAAAUGCAGCCAACAUUGAGAACCGGGUACGAGAGCUCAACAAAGUAGCAGACAACUCAGAGAAACCCAAACAAGGAUUCUGGGAAGAAUUUGAGGUGUGUAGAGUGAACAUUGUCUGUUUCAGAAUCAAAUCUUUGAAACUUUAUUCUUUUUUAAAGACAGAUGAAAACUUAGACCUUAUGAAAGAAAUAAUAUCAGUCAGUUUAAAGGCUCUGAGAUCCAUAUGCAUAAGAUGUAAUCAGAGAAAGUGCUUUUGUAAAUAACUCCUUUGACUGUCAUCUUCACCAGGGAAGCUUUAACUCAUCCAGAUAAAAAUCUAAAUUUCAAAAGCACCUACGCAACACUACCCCAAAUAAACGACCUUUUUGUUUUAACUGCUUGAUUUUCCGAUGAGUAGAGAGACCACAACAUUUUUCUGUAACAGUUAUUUGACACGUAAGUUAACAUUAAAUGUCACCCUGUUGGCCAAUCUUUCCACAGCCCUUCAUAUUCAGCAGUUUCACCUGCAUUUGCGUGGGAUUAUAUCUGUGCUUUUCCAGUUAAUUAUUUUUUGUUUUAUCAGUGAAAUGCAUUCGUGUGGUUUGAACCCAUGAGUAAUGGUGGGUGAUUUUUCUGCCAUAUCCACUCAUGUCCCUGGCUAUCAUCACUUUCAUGCGGCUCUCAAGCCUAUAAAGAGCAGGAUUCCUAUUGUGUCAGUGUAAAUUACAACUCAACUCUAAUGUGUUUUUACUGGUCUGGUACUUGGAUUUUAAACACUACAUUUGCAAACAAGAAAAUCCCACAGUAAAGCAUAAAUGUUUGAUUAGCUGAUCCGAGCCUGCAGUGUUAAUAGAGAACGUGUCCUCAUAUUUAAGUUACUCGCAACAACUUUUGUGUUGAUGUGUGUGUGUGAGAGAGUCUUGAGAUUUAUAAGAUAAAUACUUAAUGCUGUCUGAAUGAGUUACACAAUGUGAGUUGUUGCGUAAUAAACUCGGGGUUACAGUGCUUUUAAGUCAUUACUGGGUUUAUCUGACAUGCUGCAGAUAUGUGCUCUUAUUGCUUCACAUAUUUUGCACCUAAAAUAAAAAAGACAGCCUUCUGAGCCAUGGUUGAUAUAAUGGAAACUUGUUCCAUUCCUGGUAAUGCGCCCUUGGGUGACCCCUACUGUAUUAGAGGCCAAUUACACAGCUUUGUUCACAUCUAGUUUUAAUUCACCAAAAUGUGAUGAACACAUCUCUAAAACUAAAAAAAUGACUUGCUAAAUGACUUUCAAAUCCUACAAUGUUUGUAUCAAUGCUCAUCAUCUUGCUGUAGUUUCCUUUCCAGCCUUUGUUGCUGCUUUUUUUUCUCAUCUUAGUAAAUCUCUGCUGCUGGAUGAUCAUUGAAAUGGGGUCUGACGGUUGUCUCUCGAGCGAGAAACACGAAAAUGGUUCUGCUCAGAGAAGCAGAACUCCGAGUAGAGCUUUCAAACUUACAUGGAAACUUUGUGAUGAAUCAGAACAUUUUAAUCUAAUAUCUGAGGCUGAUUUAAAUAAUUCAUAUCUAAAGGAUACUCUCAGUUAUACAACUUUGAUUCAGUUCAAAACUUCCCGGAACACUUCUGUGUUCAAAUGUCACACCGUCUUUUCAUUGUUUUGUUUUGUUUCUUUUUUCGUUGCUAAUCUAACAGGUACUUCAGCAGCAGGAGUGCAAACUGCUGUAUCCCCGGAAAGAAGGCCAGAAGCCAGAAAACAAGAGUAAAAACAGAUACAAGAAUAUCCUCCCCUGUGAGUGUCUCGCAGCAACCUGUCAUUUCCUGUCUCUCCAACUUCCUGUGGAAAGAAUGACACAAAUAGACAACAGGCCUCCGCCUCAGAGGCAAAGCCGAGCGUGCAGAUUUUUGAUCUGAUAGUUCAGUCUAUUAAUUGACAUUAAAAGAAAACAUCAUGUGUGAUCUCAGGAAACUCUUUUAUUUAUGACUGCUUAACUUCCUUUUUCUUCCAGUUGACACGACUCGAGUUGAAAUCAGGGAAGCAGAUCCAGAAGUUCCUGGUUCAGACUACAUCAAUGCAAACUAUAUCAGAGUGAGUCCAUCCAGAUAUGAUGCCACAUUAACCUGUGUAAAAUGAAAACACAGCAGAAGGAACAAUCAGCCACUGGGUAGGAUGAAAUAACCUCAAGAGAAAACAAUGACAUGUUUUUUUUUCCUUUAUUUCUAAUCUGUAUGUUGAUAAUGAUGAAUUUUUGGUAGGGAAUCCAUUACUGGAAUUACUUAGUUAAUGGUGUUGUGAGAUCAGAGAGUACACUGUAAGUUUUUAUCCCAAUUUUAUAGAUAUAAGAGUCUUGCAUAUUUAUCCCUCAAAAAGCCACAGUUAUUAGGACAUUUGGAUUGGCUGUCCCAGUUGCCACUCUUUCCCCUUCACCUUGGCCCUAUGUUUUGAGGGCCAAGGUGAAGGGGUGAAAACACGCUCCUAAGAAACGAGACGCCACUCGAUUCAUGCUACGUCAUCAUGCCUUGCCAUUUGCAGUGAAUUUGUCACCUGAGUCUGACAUCAGUGUAGCUAUUAAUAGCUAUAGCUUUGUUAGCUUAGGAUUGAAUAUGUGAUAAAAAUGCUUGUGUCGUUGCUAUGAAAAUCAGAUCAAAAUCUUACACCUUGCUUUCAAGUGAGGUCCCAUUUUGCCUUCGUUUCAAGGACUGUGUACCCCUUGCCCUUAGCCCUACCCCUUAACCUUACAGAGAAUUGGGACGCCCCUUCGCUUGACAUGAACGUGCAAAACCGAGGGCUAAGGGGUAAGACAAGAGCUAAGGUGUACAACUGGGAUUGACCCUAAGUCUUUCCUGGACCAGUUUUAGUCGUGAUUUUGGCUCCACCCAAAAGUGUUUUAAUCGUAGCUACUGAAAAACUUCAUGUAAUUAUAUUUAGUAAUUUUGCAUUUUGAACAAAGUAUUUAUCAUCCCUUAGUCUGUGCUUGCAUGAAAAUCAAAAAGCUACUAUGUGACCUAGUGAAUAGUCGAUGCAGUGUAGUGUCUGUUGUUAAUUGAUGAUUGGGACUGCCAAGAAACAGCUGAUUUACUGAAAUUCUUGAGUUUUAAAAAAUGGACAUUACUGUCAAAUACUAUCAGUACUACAGAGGCUAAAGGGAAAAGCAUUAAAAGGCAUUAGGAGAGUGAAGAUGUAGUAUAAAAUACACAGUCACUGGGCCAAGUGAGCUUAAGGGGUAUUCUCAGUGGGAAUCCCAGUUUGGAUGCCCCUCACUGUAAUUACAGAUAUAGAUUUCUAUUAAAUGAUGCACAUCUAAGGAGAUUAACUGGCUUAUUGUUGGUAAACAGGGGAUGAAACGUUUAUCCUACAUACAUCUUCUGUGUUUGAAUGAACUGCCAUGAUGGAAUGAUUCAUAAAAGGUAUUUUUAUGCUGCACAGAGUAUGCAUGAAGAGGGGCGACAUGUGGAGGAGGGUAAAGUCUUCAUCGCUACCCAAGGGUGCCUACAGAACACAGUUAUUGACUUCUGGAAGAUGGUUUAUCAGGAAAACACACAUGUCAUCGUCAUGACCACAAAGGAGGUGGAGCGAGGACGGGUGAGAGAAAACAUGUAAUUCUUGACAAACGUGUGACAGUGUAGUUCAGAACAGGGCGGCUAAAACCCUUCUGCAUGUUAGGUAAACAAAAUGUCUCUGAUUCUCUUUCUGGUUUUUUUUCUUUCUACAAUCUCUCCUAAAUGGUUUAUCCACUCCUGUAGCUCUAACUUUGAGUGGAUUGCUUGUGAUGAAGAUUGAUGAACUGAUGGAUCUUUUGUGAUGGGAAACCAAGAGAAUAUUCAAAACACUCUACAGCUAAAAUGAGCACUGCUUAAAAUCUCAAGUUAAAAUCAAGUUUAUAUGAUGUCCAGGGUGCUUCACCUGUCAUAUGAAGCUUUACAUGAAAACACUGAACAAAUGGCGGGCGGUCAUAUUUUUUGUGUUUAGUUAAGUUUAAACUAAAUCAUCUUAACCUUAACUUAACAUCUUAACUGUGAUACAUGUUUACAAAUCAAAGGUGCUUUUUUUCAGGAAAUUUCCAUCUCAAACAAGAGGAAGUUAAAGGCAAAUAAAAAGUCUCCAUAAAUAUGUCACACAGAAAUGUCUAAAUUCAAAGAUAAAUCAAGGUUUGGACUUUUACAAAUCCCCAAAGCUUUUACUGGAAGUCAGUAUUUUCAUGCUGCGGUUUCAGUUGAAAGACCGUUUUUGAUAGCAUUAGCUGUUUCCAAGAGAGAGGUGUGGCUGUGUGUACGAGGGAUUGUGUGUGUGUGUGUGUGUGUGUGUGUGUGUGUGUGUGUGUGUGUGUGUGUGUGUGUGUGUGUGUGUGUGUGUGUGUGUGUGAGUGUGUGUGUGUGUGUUUCAGGUGUGGGGGUGGAGAGGGAGACGGCUGACUAGGAUAGUAUGACAGUUAAGCUGAUUGGAAAGCUGCUUGAGAUGAGCCGGUUCUUUCGGUUGUCUAAUACUCACCGCCCUCCCCCUCCUCUCCCUCUCUCUCCAUCUCUCUCCCUUUCUGUUUUCUACUGAUUUAGAGCAAGUGUGUCCGUUACUGGCCCGACCUCCACAGCACAAAGGAGUUUGGGAAGGUGCUGGUGAGAAAUGUAGACGAGCGGCCCGCUCAAGAUUACAUCCUGAGAAAGCUGGAGGUGACCCGCAUGGACCGGGUAGGGAAAGCUGUGUACUUAAUCAGAGCUAACCUACUGACCUGGGGUCAGAUAAUCUCCCCCCCACACAUAGCCACAUACACAAUCCCACUGCACAUGUGUUUGCUUAUUGAAGGAUUGACUGUGUGCGUCUAAGGAACAGUAGGAGCAGAUAAGAAAGGAAAAGUGCACAAAGCCUUUUAGGAAUUAUUGCAACAAACCCACAGAAAAUAAAGACCAUAUAAACACAUUUCUCUUGCUGAUGUUGUUGCACAAGUGUGCACAGUCAUUAGCAAUGACUGAUCAUUGUUUUCUGUCACUUUGACAGCAGUCUGAACUGUUUUAAAUGAUCUUUUUGAAAUGUUACGCCACAUUAACAUAUAAAAAUCUGGUGUGUUGAUUUGUAUUUAUUUCACUGAAUGUGUAAAAACCUGACCAAGUUUUUCUCACAAUCCAAGUUGUGAAUUUACAUGAAAUAAGAUUAAAUAGCUGCUCUGCUGUAGUGACUGCACUUUGAGCUUUUAUUUCAUCACUACCUGUGUGGAAUCAAGAUUGUUGAUUUUGAGCUGAUGCCUUCAAAAGGGAUGGUGUUUUUAAUAGAACGUUACUACAGAGGCAUCACAAGGAUAUCAUACAGCCUGACAACAAGCAUUAAACCCUUAAUGUGCAGAGGGAGAUACACCAAUAUUAUCACAUUUUGAAAAUGACAGUGCAAAUGUCAACAGAAUUUUUUAAUCAUCUUAAUUUUGCUUCAACUGCCCUGCAGAGGGAGCCUCUGAGAUACAUCUGGCACUACCAGUACCUGAGCUGGCCUGACCACGGCGUGCCAAAUGAACCGGGUGGAGUCCUCUGGUUCCUGGAAGAAGUCAACCGCACUCAGAGUAGCAUUCCAGACACCGGACCCAUCAUCGUCCACUGCAGGUACAACAGUGAAAACAAGUGCUGCGGAGGAGUUAGCAUCUAAACACAUGAAAGAAUAAAUAAGAAUCUGGUUCCCUGCAAGUUGUCAAACAUAUCCAGUACUUGAAACAAUUGGUUCACAUUUAGAGAUAAGUUUACACUCUCUGUUGGUCAUGAUCUUUUUAUGUUUUUUUUUGGUUGGAGGCAGUUACAGCAUACUUAGACAAACUAAAAAUGCAAGUGUCAUGGUGUUUACGGUGGAUACUAAUUUGUAACACUCACCCAAAGAAAGGCUUGUGUGAAGAAAUGUCGUCUCCUCGAUGUUAACACCUGAAACUACACAUUAAUAUCUAUUUAAAGGAAAUAAAAUUUGCCACUUGGGUACGCUAUUUUUAAAUCUGUGUCCUCAACUAAGUGGUUGUUUUUGCCAAGGAUCUUUUACUAAAUGAACUUUAUUGGCUGUUUUUUUUUUCUAGCAAAAGAUGUCAGUAUGACUGUCAAUGAGAGGCUAGGGACCACACUCAGACCUUAUUAGAUGUUAAAUCCAGAUGUUCAAACAGUCACAGAAAAAGUCUGACCCUGGCUCCAUCAAUCAGUGUGCUGCUGAUAGUUUUAAUGCUAUCAUUGAAGAGUAAAAGAUACAGAUCUUUGUGAUUUUACAGUAUAUUUUGACACAGUUGUAAAUUUCAACUACCUUAUGAAUGUUUGCCAGUCCACUCUAAAACUCUUAAGCUCACUUCGGAUCUCAUGUGUGGGUUAAAGAAACCGGAAAUGCCCACUGUGUUUAUGUUACACUCCUCAUGAGUGACUUACAAAGAUCUGACAUUUUGCUGCAGUGACACCUGACUUCAGUUUUUUCUCUUCUGCCUCUGCAGUGCUGGCAUUGGCAGGACAGGCACCAUUAUCGUCAUCGACAUCCUUAUUGACAUCAUCAACCGCCAAGGUGGGAAAUAAAGAUUUCAGACUGAUUCACUGGACUUUUCUCUGCAUAGCCUCUAAUUUCUGGAUUUGCUUGCAAAUAUAUGUGUUUUUCAGGUCUAGAUUGUGACAUCGACAUCCCCAAGACCAUCCAGAGGGUGCGGCAGCAGAGGUCGGGCAUGGUGCAGACGGAGGCCCAGUAUAAGUUCAUCUACAUGGCUGUGCAGCAGUACAUAGACACAGCCCAGAAGAGACUAGAAGAGGAGCAGGUACAGGAGGACAAAAUGAUAUAGAGUAACAAAAAUUGAAGUUAGAUAGAGGAGAAGGAUGUCGGCAGUGUACUGUUUGUCCUGCUUUUGCAGCCAGAGAAGUCAGGCAGACAUCAAUAUGGCAGGAUGUGUAUUCAAUCUUCAAAGUGAUACUCUUUUGCAGAGCAUCUUUUUAUCUGUGUCUAGUAAACUGAAGUGUCAUGGUUGUUUUAGAGUCGCUUGUCAGCCAAAAACUUUCUCACUGCAGGAGAAUGAACCAAAGUUAACAAACACUGCAGUGAUUUAAUUGAAAGAACAAGCUCAGAGGGUGUUCAAAAGAAGAAAAACCACACAAACCUUACUUUUGUUAAAACCUCUAAAUCCAUACUGGUCAAGUAUGUCCCAAGGAAGAAAGGGCUUCAACAAAAGAAGCUUAUUUUUUAAUGAAGUUUUGGUGUAUCUGAUGCAACCCCAGGUAAUCACAAGAAUCCGAACACUGAGGGGCUUUAACAACAAAGAUUCACUAAAGUAUUUUGGAAAAUUGACCAGAGAGAAAAUAAGAGUUACGUUUAAUUUGUGUCUAUUUCGAGUAGAGGAGAGUUCUUUUCUACAUUCAAAUCUUUGCAUUGACUUGAGCUUUACUGCUGGUAUUUAACCAAACAUGGAGAUUGUCCAAGUUAGAUUAUGUUCAUCAACACAGGAUAGUUUGUGACAAGAGGGCAGGGCACCAAGGCAUUCGAGGAUAAGGGAAAAAGCUUUAGAAACCCUUUAGUCUUAAUGACCUUAAAUCUGGAGUUAAUCACACUCCUAGAGGGUAACAUCUCUUUUUUCCUUCACAGGGUAGAUUGAGUGGCUUUUUAAGAGGCUCAUGUCCAUCACUAAAUGGAUAAUAUCAUGUUGUCUUUUUGCAGAGAAAUAAGCUGAAGGAAAGAGAAUAUUCCAAUAUCAAAUAUCCCCAGAUGACCAAUUCCAGGUCUAAAUCCAACAUGACAUCUUCACGCUCUUCUUCUAUGUAAGUAUGACACACAUGACUGUUAGGUAGCAUCAUUAUUAAACACAAAAACAGUAAAAAUAAGAUGCUGAAAUUUUUCACGUGUUACAGCAUGUCCUAAAGAAAGACAAGGGAAAUAAAGUUAUGAUUAAAAAAUGGAACCUACAGCAAAGAGCAGAUUGACAUUAAAAAGUGAAAAUCUGAUAAACUGUUUACAUAGAAAACCGCUAUUACAGUAACAUACUGUAAUUUGUCAUUUUCUCACAGGAUGAAUCAGGUUAUUUUCUGAAUGUGGAAACUGAAUACAGGGAUACAUAGAGACAUAGAUAUAAACUAUACUCAUGAAGUUAGCCUGUUAAAUAUAUAUAAAUGUACUUUAUAAUGACGAUAAAAGAAAGGUUUGUGGUUGAUAAUUGUCCUUGUGUGUUGAUACAGGAUGACAAAUGAUGAUUCGUCGAGUGUGUACGAGAACAUCAACUUUAAAAGUCCUCAGUCAUCUUUUAGCAGCAACACCAGGAGGUAAAACCAUCACUGUGGACCUCCGUAUCUGUCUGUCUGCCUCUCUGUAAGUACUACAGUCACUUCAGUCUGUUUUUCGCUGGUUAUAAUUUUACUUUGCGGUGUAAAAACUAGAACAUUUGGGGUUAUUUUAACCAAUAAAAUCAUUCCACAUGCUGGACUAAUCCUUUUAUAACUGUAACACCUAAUAAAAGUCCUGUUUUACAGUAGGGGGAAACUAACAGAAGCACGGGUAUGUGGAUGAAAGCAAAGCAGCUUCAAAUUCCCAAAGUGUAAUGUUGGUAAAUCGUUGGUGAUGCAUUUAACUCCCCUUUUGAGGUUGACACAUUUUUCCUCUUAAUGCAGAACUUAUUAAAAGUUUUACACUUCCUCAAGAUAAAGUUCAGUGUCUCCCAGUGAGUCAAAUUAAUUUUGUAAGGGUAUUGUUCUCUUUUUGUACUUCGAAUUAUAAGGUACCAGGAGCGGCUGAGAUCCCCUUAAAGCAACAAAAGAUUCAAUUUAGGUUCAAAUUAUAAUCAACCUCAAUUCUCGCAGGCUGAAUCUUUCUCUCGUUCAGACUGAUUAUAAAGCAGACAGGGAACCCUACAGUGUUGAGGAGAGGGAGUCCUGGCUUUGCUUUGGGGUCAUCAGUACAAGACUCCAGGAUAUUCAAAUAAGAAACCCAAUAAAUGAACGACACAGACGUUUUGUGAGCAGGAAAUCAAAUUAUAGCUCUUAUGAAUAUAGAUCAGCGUUUCUCUUCAUGUAAGAACUUUGAAGUUAAAUCUCUACUUCUUAAUUUUUAGUAUUUGAUCUCCCAAUACUUCAUUCAGAGGGCACGUUGACCUGGGAUAUCUUCUUUGAGGCUCUUUUGAAAUAUUUAAGAUACAGUAAUAGAUAAUUUGAGGUUCUAUUUAGCACCAUGCUCUCUUUUUAAUGGUCAUCAUAAUUUAGGUCAAGCUGUAAUCUCUGUUGGCAGCUUCUUAAAAAAAACCUGCUUUUACUCCUUUGACCAAGAACGUCAGAGCUUCUGUUUGAAAGAUGUGGAAAACAUUUUUUUUUAAAUGAAUGUUUGCAGCCACAGAGUAACAUUAAAGAUGUUAAGAUUAAGUGGGAAGAAACAUAUUUAUUGAAUUGGCCGAGCUGAACUGAUAAUUCUUUAAACACAUUUGAUUCACUGUUGUGUGUGUUAUUAAGAAGAGAAAAAGAAUAAUUUACAUGUAGCCUGUUUUGCUUUUUGUAAAAGUUUGCUGAUUUUGAAGCUUUUUUCUACAGUCACUGGUGUAGAGCUGCACUCAUCAACUAUCCUCACUGGUAUUAGUUUUUAUUUGCCCCUUUUCCCUAAUUAUCAACCAGCUGUUAUACAGCUUCAUUCUGAUUGGUCAAAACCCCCUGACAAUGGUCAAGAGUGACGACCAGAUUAGACACAUUAAAUCAAAUCAAUCCAUAGAAAAGGAGUCUGGCACAUUUAUGGUAAUAGGCAGGAGUUUGUGUUGUGUUGUUUACACCGCAGAUGUAUCACUGCGAGUUUUAUUGGCCGAUAAAAACAGAAAAGCAUCAUUAUUUCUUUGUGUUUCUCUCUCCAGUGUGUGUCGGUCUUUCUUCACUUUUAGAGUUACAUUUCAUGGUCACAGACUCUUUCAGAUCCACUCCUUUCUGUAUUCAAAGAACCUGAAAAAUCUCAUUAAUACAUUCAUCAUCACAUCCCUAUCCAGCCACUUUACCUCACUCUCCUGAUCUUUAAGCAAACGUAACCUUUCCAGGCUUCAGUUAAUUUAAAAUGCUGCAGUCAGACCCCUCACUAUUUCUAACAAAGGAGUAAACAUAACCCCAAUUUAAGCAUCUUUGCACUGACUACCUGUGCAUUUAAGGGUCAGUUUUGAAAUUCAAAUCAUCACAUUUAAGCCUGGACAGGACUGAUCCCUGAAUACAUCAAUGACUGUUUGAUCCUUUUGGAGCCAGAGUGCCGCCUGAAAUCCUCAGAUUAGUUUAUUUCACAAAGUCACAGAUGUAGCUCUUUUGCUUUCAGGGGCCCAAUAACAUUUGAAUGGCUUUAAGGAGGCAGUCUUUGUUUUGAUCCUUUAAAAUCUUUCUCUUUAUACUCAGUUGUGUGUAUGCUAUAGUUUAAGAAUGCGACAGAUCAUAUCAGGAGAUCAGCAGAUGUUUACAGAGAAGUCACAAAAGUCACAUAAGAAUUACAUGAUAGGGGGUCAUUUGCUCAAUUUUUGACACCUCUGAUUCUGUGUGGUAGGGCUGGGCGAUAUGACCUCAAAUCAAUAUCAUGAUAUAUUGAGCAGUCCAUCUCGAUAACGAUAAAUGGACGAUAACUACUCCACAAGCUGCUCACCUCUCCCACAUUAACUUUGUCUACUUCAGCUGCCGCCCCAGCUGCUGCAACUUUUGAACCGUCCUCCAUCUCCUCUCCUGUCUUUCCCUCUUUGUUACGGACUUGAUGCUGGAUGAGGUGGAGUCAAGUCUCUGACGUAGGACAGUGUCUUAAAGGGACAUAAGACCAUAGCCUACCUACACACCAGUGGCGAUUGCUCUAAGACUGCAAGGGAAGCUCGGCUUCCCUUAAAAUGUCACCCCCCCAAAAAAAAGAAAAAGUGGUGAAAUACGUACGGCUGUGUGUACAUUUCAUUAACUAAAUACGCACUAGAAAGCCUUCAACUUUUGUUCAGACACUGUGAUAAGAAGCUGAUAAUCACAGGUAACCGGCAUAACUUCGUUCUCAUUCAUCCUUGCAGCGCCUCAGCGCUUUAAACAGCCGGACGCUGGGCUUCUGCUGACUUCAAUGUGGAAGCUAAAAGUGGGUUGUUCCAGCAGCGAAACUAGACGCUCAUUGGAUAAAUGCUGGGCUUUGUCCCGCCCAAUGGAAGCUAAGCUUCACUGGAGUUCUAUGGCGAGAGGGCGGUCCCGACUUUCUCCCGGACUCCAAGCUUCUGCAUUCAUGAUUGGAUGAGCUGUCUGAGGCGAAAUCCUUUUUUGAUUGACAGCUAAACAAGCGAAUCAGCGAUCUUGAAGAAUAAAACAUCUACCAGAGCAUUUUCCAAGUCAUUCAUUCCGUUGUUCUUAACUGCUCCAGAGACUUUACCGAUCCUCAGCGACUUCUGUCUUUGUUAAAAACGACUGCCGUUGUGUUUGGCGACUCUGUUCUGUUACAUACUAAUAAACAAAUACAAUUAUGAUGUAGGCCAGAAAAAUGAGCUUUCCCUCCUUGAAAGACCAGCAGCCGCCACUGCUACACACAUCCAAAACCAACUUUUAUUUAUUUUAUUGACACAGAAUGUAUUGACAUGGGCAUAAUGACGUUAAAUUUUCGGUUUAUCGCCCAGCCCUAUAAUGUGGCCUUUUAAUCAAAGUGACUCCAUCGGUUUACUCUGCUUGUCUGUCUGUGUUUGCUUCAGUUUCAGCAAAGGUGUUGCUUCAUCAGCGCCUGAGAAUCCCUCAGGGUAGGAGGGAGUGUGUUGCUCUGACUUCACCCCCCCGUCUGAAGACCCUGCUGGAGCUGAAGGCUGCGAGCUGACCCCUCUCCCGCUGCUGCCGUCCUGCUGGACCUCUUUGUCUGGAGUAAGCCUUACCCUCCGUAGAGAGGGGGACUCUACAGCAUAGCGCUCUCACUCAGGACCCUUUUUUGUCUUUUUCACCCCCCUCUCUUAACCAGCACAAGUGCCUUGUCACAGGAUGUGUCUGUAAUCCAGCCUCCCUUAACCCGCUGUUACAUCUCCGCUACUGUUCAAACCCUGGAAACCCAAGUUGACAUGAGAGGCUUUUUCCUCCGGGUGGCGGAGAUUAGCAGUGGAGUAUGUCCCAGCCUGAACUGGGCAGACCUGUGUGGGAUCUGGAGAAGGUCAAAACUAAGCUGUUUGUCCUCAAAAAUCUUUGUUUUCUGUCUUCUCACUCUGUCUUGGCUGGCUGUCAUUUGAACUUGAACCUGAGACUGUUUUCGCUGCGAUCUGUCUCUCCAGCUGUGGAGGUUAUUAAUGCGACUGCUGACUGAUUGCAGGAUUGGUUAUAUAACACGAGCAGAGGAAGCACAAGCAGGUCCUUUUUUCUUUUAAAACGUAUUAAUUAUGUGGCUAAAAAUAGUCUCACUUUGAGCACAAACUCAUUGUUGAAAGACUUUUUCCUCUUCUUCUAUAUUUUGUCCAUGAAAUCAGCUCAUUUGAUUUUGUGUCUUUGUGUUUUUGUCGAUACUCUUGGCAUCAUGGCUGUGUAACAUAUGAGAGUUUGUUUGGUUUCAAAUAUACAUGAAAUUAAAUUCAUAUUUAUGGAGGAACAUCUGACAGAGCUCAUGUUUGAGCACCCCCCAGGACUAAUUCUGAUUUACCGCCCGCCUGUGAUGGUUUAUUGAAGCCCACAUUUGACAGAAAACGGAUGGAAAGGAUUCCUAAAUAGAUGGUUUGAGUGGAAAUUGUUUGACUGGCUGUCCUCGUAAUCAGCAGGUCUGAAGCAGUUCAACAUCUGUCGAACGACAUCAUCAUAAGGAGACGAGGAAAGGGGAGGGCGAUUACUGUAGGCCAGAUGGCCAUCUGCCUGAGAUUGAAGAAUAGAUUUGUCUCCAAAAAAGUAAUUUAGAAGAUGGCCGUAAUCCAGGCUUGAUGAUAGCGGGACGAGUAAGCCGGUGUCACUGACGUGAUAAGGAAGACAGUGGAGGCGUGGAGCACUGAGCUCUCUGUGCUGUCUGGCAGAUUGUGAGCUAUUUUUAGCCUCCAGGAUAAAAUAUAGAUCCUCUCAUACAAGUGUGGAUAUGAUAGUGAUUUCUAAGAUGAAAUGAUGAAAAGGAAAUAACAUCUCUCAUGAUAGGUAGAUGUUGUAAUACAGUGACCCAAUGUCAUAUUUACUCCGACUUUUACACAUUUGUCAUCUUUAAGCCGACAAAUAAAUUCAGUCCUGGUUUUUGGACUGAGUGGAUCAGACCAACUGAACAAUAUCCAGGAUUUUGAAGCUUGGUGGGGGUUUUACAUGGUUUGAACAUGACCACAAAUUUGACAAAGAUUUGAUUUAAUGAUUCAGGAAUCCUUUUAUAUGAUCAGCAAGAGCCAAAUAGGGGUAUGCACAUGGGGUCCGCUAAGUCACUAAUUUUUUUUUUACCCUCACUUAUCAAAACCAGAUUGACUAAUCCAUUUCAUGAAUCACUAUUUUCAUUAUUGCAGGCCCAAAAUGCUGGUCAUACAUUGUACCUAAGACCUGUAGUUCAACUACCCCCCACUAGCCGGGGCUGUAGCUCUAGUAACUGGUUGCUACCAUAGCGCUACAGUGCCCUACAGCUUGGAUGAUGUGGUUUGGCAGUUUUGGAUCUUGAAAAUUGAGUUUUAUACAGACUUUGUCUGAUUAAACUGACAUACUCAACCAGAGCCAGCACAGUAAUAUGAAUAUCAGCCUGCAAGGAGGACUGCAGGCUGGUGGUGCUGGCUCUGCUAACGUUAGCCACAGUCAGAAAACCAAUUUGGUCUCACCAACUCUGUCAUCCUGUGUUUAGCUGUGUUAAAUAGAUCAACUGUUUCCUAUUUCACCAGUCAGAUACUGAGCACAGGGUGUGUCUGAAUUCAUCAGUGUCAUAUGUAUUUCUACAGAUGCCUGCUCUAUUCUGUGACUCUGAAGACUCUAUUCUUGGAGUCUUUGCUGAUGCUCUGCCCGCCUUGGCAUUCCACUUACCCACAUGGAAGAGCACCAAGCUCUCCAAACUGAUCCAUACCCUCAAAUAGAACUUGCUGCAUGCUGAAGGGGUCCUGGCUGAAUUUAGAUUCAUAUUUAAAAAAACUAGAGCUAAUUCCUGAGUGUGUAUGACCCAAAUAGAUCUAUCUAAGGUACAGGUUGUAAGCUCCUAAAUAUUGAGAAGUUCAGUUGCAGUGAAUCUGUCUGCAGAGCGCUGUAUUUGUGUUCAGAUUACUUUCCUUUGGGAGGCAUAAAACAUAAAUGAGCCGCUCUAGUCAUGGUGUUUGUGCUCAAACCAUUCCUCGCUAUCCAACUACAGAAAUAUGCACCUAACGGUGUCAAGGACACUCGCAGGCUGCUAUCACCUUGUUUCCUUUAACCGGCCAGUAUCCGCAGCUGCAGCAUGAAUUACAAUUCAGAGUACAUCAAACCAGGAUCCACUGAAGUAGCAGUACUCAGUCAUUGGACUGAAGCGUGUAUAAAUUCAGUACUGUUGACCUUUUGGGGGAUAUGUACGUACAGGAAGAGUGCAACCUGCAGCAAAAUCAUCCAGUUUGACAACCUUGAUCUGCCUAAAAGAGCUCUGAGUCAUUUGAUUAAGAAUCAGGUUAUAAGCUGAAGUAACCUUUGAAUGCUGCAGUUCAUUUCAAAUCCUGCUUUUAGACCCUGUACAGGAUUUUACUAAAGAGUAAACAUCACCCCAACUUGAGCUUCAUCACAUUGAUUUAUCCUAGUGCCAGCUUUAUGUUUAGAAACAUUUCUCUCAGUAUAUCAUCAUUCGUCAAAGUUUUAUUUUCUGUAUGUGAGGGGGAGUUUUAUGAACGAGGUGGCUCUGUCCUGAAGGCUUGUGUCUGUUGGAGAUAUGCUGCUCCACUUGAUGAAAUUGAACCUGAACGCUGAAGGUGUUUGAAUCCCUCCAGAUCCUCUCUUUGUUCUUUAUACCUGUCCAGACUCUGAUCCGUCCGACGAAUGAGAAAUGACUUUUGUGUCUGUGUUUUUCAACUCUCAUGCUGUGGAUGACUCUAAACUUUUAUGAUGUUGUUCUCUGCCUCUGUUGGUCAAAUAUUUUUUUAUGAUACGCUGAGAAACAUCAAUACUUGAAAGUGUGAAACUGCUGAAUCUUUGGCCUCAGGCUGUGUGUGGAUGAUCUCCGUUGACUGUGGAAGUGUUUUUGGUAGUGCACUAGAUUUUCAGACAUCAGUGUUGUUGUUUGUUUGUUUUUUCUUUUUCUUUUCUUUUUGUUGAUGUUGUUUUAUUUUGCUGAAAUGUUUCGAAUUGUGUUGAAAAUCAUUGUUUCUUGCAUUUUGUACCAUGUUUGGAUUAUUAUUGUUAUUAUUAUUAUUGUAAUAUUAUUAUUAUUAUUGUUGGUGUAAUUUCACCAUGGUUAAGUUAAUUCUGGCUCUGAGUUGAACCAGUGUACACAGGUGUAAGCAGUAGUAACACAAUACUUCUCUCUCUGCUUCACCUCUCACAUGUACUUGAACAUGCUGUUAAUGUCUUUUUCUUCUAUUUUUGUUCCUCCCUCUCUUUCUCGGACACAGUAUGCCUGAAGUGUGUCGUGGUAUCCUGAGUGUUGUUCCUCUUCUUGCACUGGCUCUGCCUUCUUGCUGUACAGGCUACAAAUGCUCAUGUAAUAAGCUGCGAGAAAUGGCAACAAAAUGGUUUUAUUAUCAUAUAGUUUAAUAAAAAUCUAUGAUGGCACUAUGGAAAGUCACACACGUAUGAGUCUUUCAUUUGCUUGUGAACCUCGUAAAGUUUUUUCAAAGUAGAGCAUAUUUUGGAGCAAGUUUCUAGACACUGUGCUCAAAUCUGAAAAAGAGAGAUCAGUGUAAUAAGAAGGUUUGGUUUGUGAUGAAGUGCAGGUUGUGUUGGACUCUGCUGUUUUAGCUGUUUUUCCCUCUGUGUCGACUCUCAGGUCAUGAAGGACUCUGCUAUAAGAACUCCAGAUGAGCAAAACUUGACUGUGAACUUGGGAUGAAGAAGUCAGAUGAGUUUGCUCUCUGUACAUGUUAUAAAGUAAGGGAGGCGGCAGAGUGACCACUUAGACUGCAGCUACACCUCUUCCUGCACUCUUUGAUCUCAGACCUAUGCCUCCGCCUUCAUUCUCACUUUUUGCACCCCUUCCUCUCUCUGUCUCUUUCUGUCUUAUCCUGUAGCCCUCUAAAGGCAGGGUAAGGUGGAUUCCCCCACUUAGCUUUCCAAAACUGACAACAGCAAGACACAAUGGCGAAUUCAGAAUCGUUGUUCCAUAAUGCUAAUGAAUAAGAGUCAAAUCACAUCCUGUUCAUGGCGGGAUCCUUGUUAGUGAAAUAGCAGGUGAGGAACUUUUGGUUUUGUUGGAAUAGCUGCCCCUGUGGACAAAAUAGUACUUUUAAUCUCUUGUCAUGUACAUGUCAAAGUGACGUUUUCAGAAAAAAACACUUCUUUUUGUCUUUAAGAGUUAAAACAUGUCCCUCACUGUGAGCACCAGCCAUGGAAAAAGUCAAAAUAGGCAGUUGUUUGGUCAUUAAGAGGAACCAGUAUCAGUUUCAGUCCCUCUUAAGUGUAAGUUACAGCUGACAAACCUGAACACACUAUAUUAUAUGAGAUUGAGUCUGCUCAGUAUAAAGCAUAUUUAAAAGUCUUCAUAUAUGCUCUAGAUUUGAUUCAGAUUCUUGCAGAUUCACAAUGACCUCCCUGUUAAGACCCACCUCUCACAUUAAAGGGCACACACAGCGUUCUCAUCUGCAGCACUCCUUCACCACUUCUGUGUAUUUCCCCUUAUUUCCCCUGUGCUGUUUUCCUACAAACACUCCAUCUACAGUACGUGAGCUCCAGCAUGACCACUUGUUU